CGGCAGCGAGCAGCCAGGCGCGCAACGGAGAAGGAGAGUCGUCCGACCGCUUCGCCUGCCUUCUCUGCCUGCCUGCCUGCCUGCCUGCCGGCCGGGGAAACGCUGCCGCCGGCCGCGCGAUGCGGCUGCCUGGAGCUCCCGCGAGCCCCGCUCGGAUUAUCUGCCGCCGUCGCAGUCGCCGCCCGCUGUGAGCGCCGCUCCGGGAUCCGCCGCCGCGGCGCCUCCAAGAUGCUCCGCAAAGGUGAGUCCGCAGAGCCGGCGAAGGAAGCGAGGGACGCAGGCGGCCGUCGCCAAACUUUGCCGCGCUGUCCGGGGGCUGCCGGACCCAGCCGGGGAGCGCAGGCCGGCAAACUUUCCUGGCCCCUCCGGGGGGAAGUGGGGGCGUCGGGGCUCCUUCCCGCGGGUCCCCGGAGUCGCGCCCGGACGAGAGCAGCGAGCCGCACGCUCGGCUCGGCUUCUCGGGGUACCUGGGGGGGGGGGCGGAAUGUGGCAAAGAGUAAAGAGGGGCAAGGCGGCGGGGAGGGCAGAGCAGUCUCUCCAAAGGGCUGUGGCAGGUGGUCCCCGUCGAACUGGGGAGGGUCAGGUUGUGUCCGGCCUGGAAGGUCCGGAGCGCGGGGCUGAGUCGCCACUUGGGCUUGGGCGGCGCUGCAGGGAAGGAGUCGACGGGGCGGGGUGGGGGGGGCAAGAGGAUCGGAGCGCCCAACGGGGUGGGGAGAGGCCGGUCCCUCCCGGCUUCCUCGGAUGUAAGGACGGUUUCUUUUGCUUCGUGAUCCGCAGUCGCAUUCUGGUUCGCGCGUCCCGCUGCCGCCUUCAUCGGGGGUCCCUCGACGGGUCGGGGCUGCUGGGACCUGGCUAGCUCUCCGCGCGCGCUGUCAAGUCAAAGUAUGGUGGGGCGUGGGGUCUCCCCCUUACCAAAUGCGCCCAACUUUGCCGGCCCAAUCUUGGGAUGUCGCUCUGAGACCGACUUGUGUGUGUGCGUGCGCGCGCGCGCGCCCUAGGGUGAUAGGGGUCUCAGGGGCGGGCUUGAUCCGUGGGGCUGAGCGCGGAUCUUUUCUCGGGACCCGAAGUGGGGCAGGGCGGAGGGGAGCGAGUACUGUAGCUGGCGCGCUCGGCUCUAAUCUUUAUGCGGCGGCGGUGGGGUCACAGUCGUGGCGGGGUCUGUAAAAUCGGCUCAGGAGGUGGGAUGGGGAGGCAGAUCCCGCGCCUGGGCUCAGGCGCCUGGUCUUGUCACGGCAGCAUCUGGCAAAGCGGUGCCACAGAGGCCCCUCGCAAGGAAGAAGGGAGGAAGGAUGAGGCCUCGCCCUCCUUCCUUCCCACUCUCCCUUCCCACCCCCACCGCCGCUUUCUGCCCCAGUUUCCGAAGCUUAAUCCGUGCCAAAGCAACUGCCCUCCUUCCUGACCGCGAGUCAGGGCCCAGCACCUAUUUUUUAAAGGAGCACAGCUUCCUGAGCAUGCACAGAGCGCCCCUGAAGCCCGCUAGCCAGAAUCAGCAGUCCCCUUAAUAAAGGGGGGAGGGAGACUUUGAUGUGGGGGUCAAGAGGUCAGUUUAGGACCACCUCUCCCCCAUUCGGAAGUUGGCCACUGGGGGCGGGGGGCGGGGCGAGGAAGCUUUUUGGGUCCCGCGAAGGCGCGCGGGGGGCGAGGCGACUUGGCUAAGUGGCCCCGAGAUGAAUUCUUGCGAGUCUCGAAGCUGUCUUUCAUUUGGAUCUAUCUGUACGUCAGCCACGCGGAGGAAAUGCAGAAAAGAGCCAGCCCGGCCCGCGCUUCUCUGCCGAGCUAAUAUCGCCGCCCUGAAUAAUUCAGCAGCCGGGCCCGCUUCAGGCCACGCCCCCCACUCCCACCCCCACCCCCCAGAGGAGAAAGACCCCGGCCCCCUCUUGGCACCGGCGGCGGCCUCGCUGGUUCUGGGCCCCGGAAGGAGCAGGUCUGCUUUGGAGGGAGAGCAGCUCAGCCCCGGACCUCUCCAGGUCUCCAGCAACUGCCUCCAGGCACAUAUUUGCAUCUCAUUUGCAUAUAGUCGAAACAAAAUUAAAAAAAAUCCUUCCAGUAGCACCUUAGAGACCAACUAAGUUUGUUAUUGGUAUGAGCUUUCGUGUGCAUGCACACUUCUUCAGAUACACAAAAGCUCAUACCAAUAACUAACUUAGAUGGUUUCUAAGGUGCUACUGGAAGGAAUUUUUAUUAUUUUUUAUUUUGUUUCAACUACCAACACAGACCAACACAGCUACCUAACUGUAACCAUUGCAUAUAGUCAUCUUUUCAUAUUUAGGCGGCCAUUCAGAGGGACAGUCAGGAUGGAAGCAAAGUUGAGGUUGUUGUGAGUGGAGGUAUGUGUGUACCUGGGGAUAUAAACACAGGCACAUAUAUUCUCUCAUAUACACAGAGAUUUAAUAUUAUGUAAAUAUAUCUCACAUACAUAUAAAACCAACUUUGUUUCAUGCAACCCACUUAGGUGUGUUUUUUAAAAUCGAUUAACAUGCCACUUAAUCUUGCCAAAUAUUUGUUUUAUUUAUUUAUUUCAUAAACUGCUUGUGAGGGUUGUUGUUUUUUUAAAAAAAAAACUAUCAAGGGCUAUAUAUGUUUUAUUAAAUCAAUCAAUCAAUACUAUAUCUCGUUAAGAGACCUGCAAGAAGACAACCCGCAAAGCAGUUAUCUAAUGGAAUAAUGUAAAGAAGAAGGUUCAGGAGAUCCUAAGGCUGGGGCCAACGACUUGAGGCUAGCCCUCCCCGCUUAACACCCCUGAAUGGCAGGAUCUGUAAGUAGAUCUGGAGAAGCCUCUGCGGAUCCCAAGGGCCUGAACCAGGCGGGGAGAGCAGCUGGGCUUCCCUUUGGGGCCUCUGGUGGGCCACUGUGAGGACAGGAGACAGGACUAGGGGUGCAUUUUUUAGCCUGGUCCAGCACGGCCGGUAGAGCUGUUUUUCUGAUGCAUGCCCUGGUCCCAGCACAAAGGGCAGAACAUGGACCCCUUGGCCACAAACACCCCUUUCCUGGGUCCUGACCUUCUGUUGGAUGAGGCUACUGGAAAGCAUUCACAUCACGCAAACUGUUUAGAGAGAUAAUUUCCCCCCUCCCCCCAGUAAGUGGUAUACAGUGGUACCUCUGGUUACGUACUUAAUUUGUUCUGGAGGUCUGUUCUUAACCUGAAGCACCACUUUAGCUAAUGGGGCCUCCUCCUGCUGCUGCGCCGCUACAGCACGAUUUCUGUUCUCAUCCUGAAGCAAAGGUCUUAACCCGAGGUCCUAUUUCUGGGUUAGCGGAGUCUGUAACCUGAAGCGUAUGUAACCUGAAGCGUAUGUGACCCGAGGUACCACUGUAUAAAUUUUGCCAGGUAAAUAAAUCUGGCCAGGACUGGGGUUGAACUGUGGAACUCCCUGCCACAGGAAGCAGUGUCAGCAUGGCCACCAACUUAGAAGAUGAGCAAGGCUAAUGAUAAGGAUAUCAGUGGCUAUGCUCCUGACAACCAGUUGCUAGAAAGCACAGGAGCGGAGAGGGAUCUCUUGCUCAGAUCUCACUUGCUGGUUUCCCACGGGGGGGGGGGGACUGGUUGGCCACUGGGAGGGGAGGACGCAGGACUAGAUGGCCCACUGGCCUGAUCCAGCAGGUUCUUCCUGUGUUCUUAAGGCCCCCUCCCCUCACUAACCGAGUCAACCAUUUGCACAUCUGAGGUUGUUUUGCACAUUUUGCUUAUUUUUCACGGUUCUCUAAGUUGCUUUGAGGUUUUGUGGGGGAAAGAGACAUGAUGAUGAGAACUCCCAGCAACCAGCAGAGCCACAGAGGGAUGAUGGGAAUUGUAGUCCAGCCGGAGCUGGAUUCUGGCCAAGGCUGCUUUGUUGGGUGAAGGGACAGACCCCAGUCCUGGGAAUGGCAGGCAGCCUGGUUCAAAGGGGCCAAACCCCCAAGGUAGCACUGCUGAGGGUCACCUGAAGCAGCCUCCUCCAGCAGGACUGGCUCUCCUGCCUCUGUGAAAGGGCUGCAGCCACAGAGUUAAGACUGGGGUCCCCACUUCUGUGCUUGAGGAGGAGGGUGGGGCAAUUCUGGAGGUUGUUCCUGGGGGACCCACCACACCCCAAAGCUUUUUAAAACCUAUUCUAAGUCUCUUUAGAAUCCAGUGCCUGAGCUUGUCUCAGGACACAGAUUAUAGGACCUGGGGUGGGGGCAGGCAGGGACCUUUUCAAUCCAGGGGCCACAUUCCAUCCCGGGCAACCUUAUGAGGGCCACUUCUGACAUUGGACUAGAUGACCCAUUGCGUCCUUUCCAGCUUUAAAAUUCUAUGAUUUGAUGGUGGGCGGAGCCAAAAACAAAAGUGGGCAGGGCAAGGAAUGUGAAUGGUUAGCUGGUGUCUACGCUUUCAAAGCCUCUCUCUCUCCACCCUCCAUCGAGGCAGCCCAGAAGCAUGUGCAGAGUUCAAGGACACAUCUGCAGCCUUGCACAAGCACUCAAGGAUGGUGUGAGGCAGAGCCAGGGAGGGGCGUGGCCUGGGAAAGCCCCAAGGAAGGCGGAGGGGGCUCCCAGUCUGAGGGCCCCCCUCCCCUUGUAGGAUCACAGGAGUGUCUUGCAGUUCCUUGGCCUGACCUGCCAAGGCAGGAUCACCCUCAGCCCAUAGCAGCUGCUCCUCUCACCCAACAUGCCAGUUAGAGUACAGAGCAAACGGCUCUGGAUGGCUCGGGCUAGUGAGCCAAAUCACAUGUAGCUAUGGGAGGUGGCGCAGGUGUGUUUUUGUGGGUUCUUAGCCGCUCUGAAAGGCCUUCUCAGAUCCCUUCCAGGUUCCCUUGCAUGAGAUGUCAGGAUGCUGAGAUGCUGCCUAGAAGGGUCUGUGUGUGGUCCAGGCAGAUAGAGAGGGAGACUUCCAGAUUCCUGCCCCUCUCCCUUUGACCUCUGUGCUGACCUGUCCUUUGAAGGCCAAGGGUGCAUCCCUUCCCCUUCCGCCUCUUCCCUCACACUUUUGAGGUUCUCUUGGAGAGCAGAGCUUCUUUGCCCCUCCAGCUGGUUAGUGACCCAGGGCGAUAGAAUCCUGCCCAGUGCACUUCCCUCAAUAAACACCAGCUUCCUAACUCUCUCAGACUUCAGAGGUGUUCUCCAAAGACCCAUUUCACCAAAGGUGACUUCUGCUGUUGCAUAUGCGCUCCGGAGGCCAACUGGAGAUUCCUUUGGCGUCCCUAGUUCCCAGAGCAUCAGGGAGGUCCAGUUCUUACACCAGGGAUAGUCAGUGGGCUGGGCUGUGGGGAGCAGCCCUCCCCACCCCAGCAACCCCACCCAUUCUUUUAACAUAAAGGUGCACUUGACAUUUUGAAGACUGUGCCACUUGCAAAGGAAAUUUCAAAAGAUGAAUAAGGAAACGGGGGAACCUACACCUCGCCCCCCCAUCCUAAGAACAGGCCAACCGGAUCAGAUCAAGAAAUGGAGGCAAUUCAGGAGGGUUGCUGCUUUGGUUUAAGGCUUCCCCAGGUCGGGGGGGGGGGCAUAAAUAAAAGUUUAAGGCAUGGGGAUACGAGAGGUCACAAAUGACAGUCUCUCCAAAAGAGUGGAAUUAGUGAGGAGAUGAAAGGAGCCCCAGACUCCUAGCAGUAGAAAAAUGGCAAGAAAUGAGAUCCUGGUGGAACAUUAGGAGGACAUUUCUAAGCCAUUUGAUGGGGGGAAUGGAUGAUCUUGGAAGGUGGCAGACUCAGGUGGUCACCUGUCAGGGAUUUUUUUAGCCAUGGCUCCUGCAUUGCCCCUUCCAACUCUACAAUUCGAUGAUUCGAUGGAAGAGGAAGCUCAACAUGUCCUACCAAAGAGAUGAGACCUUCCCAACGCAGGAAAAGAAAACACGUGUCCAGAGAUGUCACAGAUGAAUGGUGAGGCAUCUUGGGGCUUUGGCAGAGGAGACGGAGCCCAAAUAUUUAAAUAAAUAAACCGGCGAAUGGAUUGAGGAGAAGCAGAAACGGUGCCAGAAGGCCCUGACCAGAGCAAGAAGAGGCUUUCCUCCAGCCAAGUUGGGGCAGAGAGCCAGCGGUAGAUAAUUGGGACCAGGGGAGCCGGGUUCAAGUCUUGCCUCUGCUAUGGAUUUGUUUUCCAGUCUUGGGAAAGUCACUCAUUUCUGGCUCUCAUGUUCUUCUUCUUCUUCUUCUUCUUCUUCUUCUUCUUCUUCUUCUUCUUCUUCUUCUUCUUCUUCUUUUUGGAAGCGGAAAACCUUUAUUUGAAUCUGUGGCAGGAACGUAGUUCUGGUCUCUGCACCCCAGAAAAGAGAUUGUAGAGUUGGAGGAGGUUCAGAAAAGGGCCACCAAAAUGAUCGAGGGGAUGGAAUGACUCGCUUCCCUAUGAAGAAAAGUUGCAGCAUUUCGGACUUUUCAGUUUACAGAAAGGACAAGUAAGAGGGGCCACAAUAGAGGCUUAUAAAAUGAUGCAAGGCCUAGAGAAAGGGGACAGAGAAGUGUUUUUCUACCUUUCUACGAACACGUGAACUUGUGGAUAUCUAAUGUUGGGAGAUUCAGGAGAGACAAAAAAAAAAAAAGCGCCCUUAUUCACGCAGCGGAGAGUUAAACUCUGGAACUCCCUGCCACUGGAGGCAGUGACAGCCCCCAACUUGGAGGGCUUCAGAAAGAGGAUUAGACAAAUUCAUGGAGGAGGAGAGGGCUAUGGUGGGCUACUGGCCAGGAUGAGCUAUUGCUCUGCCUCCACAGUCAGAGGCAGUGAUGCUUCUGAAAUACCACUUUCUGUGAAUCUCAGAUAGGAGAGCACUGCUCUUGUGAUCAGGCCUUUCUUGCAAGCAGCCCAUUUGCGGGGUCAGAAUCUGGUUGGCUACUGUGAAAACAGGAUGCUGGACUAGAAGUUCCCUCUGCUCCUUGGUCCCUUCUGCUGAUCUUGCUCUCCCUCUCUUCCGCACCUCCCUUUAACCCCGAUGCGAAACUGGAGUCCCAGGCUUGUCGCCCCACCAGGUCCCUCACUCACUUCGAGGGCUGCAAAGACAAGGAAGGCCCUUAAAUGAUUUAUUUGUGGCAUUUCCGUGUUUCCCCAAAGCCAGAUUACAUCAGAAGUUGAAAUGCAAAGUAACGCACACACAGGAUAAAAAAGAAACAGCAACAGAGAGACUAAACCAGGCUGUGCUGAGUGAGUCGGAAAUGAGAGUUGGGUGUUUGAGUACACAUACUGGCCUACUAGCCACCUCACGCCCAGUUGGGGAAGGUUCCGUCCGCCAUCUUGAUUCGUAAUGGUGUCCCAAUUUAAUCAAAACCCAGGUGAAAACCUGCUUUGCGAUCUUGCAUUGCAGGUUGUUGGGCUAGACCAGGGGUCAGCAAACUUUUUCAGCAGGGGGCCGGUCCACUGUCCCUCAGACCUUGUGGGGGGCCGGACUAUAUUUUUUGGGGGGGAGGGAAUGAAUGAAUUCCUAUGCCCCACAAAUACCCCAGAGAUGCAUCUUAAAUAAAAGCACAAUUCUACUCAUGUAUAAACACACUGAUUCCCGGACUGUCUGCGAGCCAGAUUGAGAAGGCAAAUGGGCCGCAUCCUGCCCCCGGGCCUUAGUUUGCCUACCUGUGGGCUAGACAACCUCAGUCGGUGGAGCAGGAGACUCUCAAUCUCGGGGUUGUGGGUUUGGGCAAAAGACUCCUCCAUUGCAAGGUGUUGGACUAGAUGACCCUCGUGCUCCCUUCCGACUUGACAGUUCUAUGACUCUGUGUUCAGGAAACAUUUGGCUCUGAGGUCUCAAAGGGUGCCCAGCAGGCAGAAAAACCUGAGCCUUCCAAAAUAUACAGCAGGGGGGAAGAAGGGGGCUGGGUGAAACCAGAGGUGUCUGUGAUGUGAUAGAAAUAAAGUGUGCUGGGUGUGUGUGUUAAUCCUGGCCAACUCAUCCCUGUUGCUGCUGCUGCUCCCGGUCUCCUCAUUUCACCUCUCAUCCCUCUGUUUUGACCAGCGGGAGAAGCCUUUUUCCCCACAUCCCGCCUUUCAGGUGAGACCCACUUGGUGGGAAGAAGGAAACACGGAGUUUUCCUCUUAUUUAGCACAGCACCCACCACAUGGAGCUCCCUGCUCUGUAGGAGUCGUCUCUCACCCUUCCCUUAAUGGUCUUGCCUUAUCUUGCCAAUAUUUGGGGUGGGAGGGCCAUAGCUCAGUGGUACAGAGCACCUGCUUUGCAGGCAGAAGGUCCCAGGUUCAAUCCCUGACAGCAUCUCCAGGUGACAGGAGCGAGCCAGCAUUCAAUCACACUGAGCAAGCUGGAGUUAACUCUUUAUUAGCAAGACAGUGUCUGCACAGGAGUGUCCAUCCUAUGAGCACAGCAAUUCUUCACUAGGUCUUGCCCCCCAGGAAGCAGUUGCAGAGACUGAAGGCCCCGCCUCCCCACAGCUAAAUUCCCUCCUGCAAGCAAUCUGAGACUGUGCCUGCUUGCAGCCAACCUCUCCUCCGCCCUUUUCAUGGCUCUCCUGGUUCUGGGAGACCAAGUGGGAGGCAAGUGUGUCGCAGCAGGAGCAGGAGACACCUGUGACUCUUCCCCAGCCAGACUCAUCUCUGCCUCUUGGCUUCCUUCCUCUCCUGCUUCAGCUUCUGCCUCUGAUUCUGGACUGCUGUCUGCCACAGACUCUCCCAGCUCACUAAGCCCUGUUCUGCUUCAGCUUCCAACACCUCCUUCUCCCAGCCCUCUCCCUCUGACCGCUCAUUGUUGUCCCAUCCUCACUCCCCAGUCUCUGAACCUUGUUCCCUUGGGGUUUCCCCAGCCGGUUCCUCCCACCAAUCCUCUGCAUCCAACCAGUCCAUGACCCCAGAUAGGGCUGGGAGACAGUCCCUGCCUGAAACCCUGCAGAGCCAUUGCUGCUGGCCGGUGUGGACGACACUGAGCUUGAAAGGCCCUUGGCAGAUGUCAGCCUCUGGUCAGCCAAAGGGAGGGCUCUAGAUGAACUCAUGGUUUGGCUUGGAAUUAAGGCUGCUUUCUUUUCUUCCUCUGUGUAAACAUCCCAGUAUGAUUGACGGUGCCUUGCAGGCUCCUUGCUUGUGGGGAGAAAAUAAACACCUGAAUCUGUUGAUUGACCUGGGUCUGCCUCUGGGGGGAAUCACAGCGCUGCCUGGGAGCUGACAAGACCCCCUGGGAAGAGCAGCUUUUGGGGAGAGCUGGGUUGAUCUGAGAGCUCUUUUUAAGAACAUCAGAAGAGAGCCCAGCUGGAUCAGGCCAGUGGCCCAACUGGACCAGCACCCUCUUUUCAUAGUGGCCAACCAGAUGCCUCAGGAGCUGCUGCUUUCUCCUUGUCUGGAGGCAUCUAAGCAGAGCUCUUAGGUUCCUUCUGCAGUGCCCAGCCAGGCGGCUGCCAGGGACUCCUAGCGGGUGCUGCAAACAGAAAGGGCCCUAAUGGGGCAGGAAAGUGAGGUGCAAGUGUGCAGGUGUGGAUCACAGCCCCAGGACACCCCACCGUAUCUUUAUUGGGCUCGAACCAAACACCCAGUACUUUGGGAAUGAGGCCUUGUCCUCCUUGCCAGCCCCACUGGGAUGUCGCCACCUCCUUCAAACGGGACAGCAGAUGGAAAUAACCCCAGACCCAGAGGAGAGCUAGUUAGCGGCUGCCUCUAAUCCAGAUUAAGGGGCUUGCAAAUCGAGAGCAAGUCCUCUGAUCGGGAGAUGCCUGCAAAACGUGUAAUCCCGUUCACAUGGCGAAUUAAUCCAGAUUAACUCCCCCCCCAACCCUGGUGUGGAGAAGGGCCACUUCUCUCAGCCCUGGCUGGUGAUAGCCUAGUUUGACAGCCUUGGGGGCUCAUGGGGUGAGGGGGCCUUGUCAGUGUUUGCUGUCCUGCGAGUGUGUUGAGGGGGUAUUAUUGUUGGUGCCCCCUUGCCGUGAGGGACUGUGCCACCCCAGUGUGGGGAGGAAGCAAGGCAGGCCGGGGAGCUCCUGGAGCGACAGACUCUGACCCGGCAGAGCCGUGUGGGGAGAGGAAGGUCGCUUCAAGGUCAAGGCAUAUGGCAAGGUGGUUGGGCGGGAGUGGGGUGGGGGCCUGCAGGAACCCCAGCAGAGACGUUGUGUCCCCCCCUCUAUCGCUUUGCUAAAAGGGUUCACUUGGCAGCUGGGCAAGAGAAUCGAAUUAAGUUAUUUGCACUUAGUUGCUCUUCUAAUGCAGGGAAGGGAGCCUGCAGGGAGAGUCAGAGGGAGGGGCCAGAGGGGGUGGGCACGGAGCUGGCCUGGGCUUGAGCCCCCCCCCCAAAAAGGCCUUCUCUUUCUGCUCUCCAGGAACUGUGAACCUGCUUCUGCAAGGUAGGCAACAGCAACUGAGCUCUGCAGAAAUAAAUGUCAGCUGCAGCAUUUGACCAGAGCCGCAGGGUGCAGAUCCAGGGGUGUGUGACUGUGGUUUUGCCCGUGCUGCUAUGCAUGACCCCUGAGCCCCCAGGCCAUGUCCCACCACUGGAGGCCAUCAAAUUGUACAAUAGGAAGGGACUGCCAAGGGACAUCUAGUCUACCCCUAGCAACGCUGUGUGUUCAGAGCUGUGUACGUGUGUCACCCACUCCUCUAAGCCAGUGGGCUCCCUAAUCUCCAUUAUUUAUGUGUUGCCCUUGUAGCCCUUUGCUUUCUCAAGGGAGCAUGCCUUGCUCUUCCCUCAUUUAAGCGCCACAACAACCCUGCGAGGUGGGUGAGGCUGAGAGGCAGUGCCUGUUUUCCAAGGUCAUCCAAGGGGAUUUGACUCCUGGUCUCUCCCAGGCCUUCGCUACUUGGGUGCAGGCAGCCAGAGACCAACUGGCAGCUUCUCAACACCCCAAGGCAGCCACUCUUCCUGGGAGACAAGGACAGGGCAGAGAGAGAGAGAGAGAGGGAGCAGCAGCAGCUGGGUUCUUCUGGGACUGUCUAGGACAGCCUUUCUCAACCUUGGGUCCCCAGAUGCUGUUGAACUACAACUCCCAUCACCACUAGCUAGCAAGGCCAGAGUUCAGGGAUGAUGGGAGUUCUAGUCCAACAACAUCUGGGGAGCCACAGGUUCAGAACCGCUGGUCUAGGACUUGGAAGCCUGUCCUGGGAGACUUCCCUCCUGAACAACAACAACAGGAAAUCAAAAGCUCUCUGCACAUGCUCUCUUUUUCUGACGCCACACAUCACCUGGGACCAGGGCUUGGUAUUGAAGGUAGAGAUUCUGAGGCCCAGGUAACUGGUCUGAGAGGGGUCCCUGGAGGGAUUCCCGUUGUGAGGAAAGGUUGGGGAGAAAGGCAGGAGAUAGGGGCAGUCAGGCCACCCCCUGACCCUAGAUGGGGGCACAGUGGUGCUUGUGGGAGACAGUUCAUUCAGUUUAUUUUUUAACUGCGAACCAUCCCGAUUCAUGCUUUCAAAAAAACGCAAACUGAAACUCGCCCGCCCUUCAGAAAUCUGCACUUCUCUGAAUUUUGCAACGCAGUUCUCCCUACAUAAAUGCAUGCACUGGGUUUAAGUGUGCAGAUAAAUGAGUAUAUCAGUGAAAGUAACAUGCCAAAAGGGGCAGAGUGUUAGAGAAAAUUGCUCUGCAGAAAUGUGUUUGUGAGGAGGAAUUUGACUAAGAUGCUGAGGAAUUUUCAGGGAGCUUUUUUUAAUAAAAAAAAUUGUAUUGCAGAUCGCUGCGGAAAUGUAAGAGAGCUGAAUUUAAGAUUAGGAGUGAGAUUAGCGUGAGAAAUUGAAAUGGAGCCCUCCCUCCCUUGGCAUUUGGCUUGGGGGUGGGGAAGCCUCUUCUUCCUGUCUUCUGGAUAAUGGACAGCCUUGUCAUUGCAGCCCCUUCCUCUUAGCCUUUGCUAAGACCAUCCUCUCUCUGGCCCAGAGAGCUCAGGAAAUAGCCCUGAUGAUCUGCUUCGGAGGGGCCAGCGGCUGGGGUGCUCCACUGCCCUCUUUUAUCCUCACAGCAACCCUGCGAGGUGGGCUAGGCUAGGCUGAGAGGCUGUGACUGAUGCAAAGUCAGCCAGGGAGCUUAGGAGCAUAGGAAGCUGCCCUAUACUGAGUCGGGCCACCGAGUCUGGCUUAGUAUUGCCUACACUGACUGGCAGAAGCACCCCGGGACUCUGGGGAAAGGGUCUCCCUCAGCCCUUCUCUGGGAGAUGUCGCUGGAGGUUGAACUCAGGACCUUCUCCAUUCCAAGCAGGGCUCCCCCACAGAGCUGGAGCUUUCCCCUUAGAAAUAUAGACUAUAAGAGCACGAUCUCUCCCUCGGGAAGUGGCAGACUGUCGUUUUUAAGCAGAGGUUGGAUGGCAAUCUGUCUUGGAUGCUUUCGCUGAGAUUCCUGCAUUGCAGUGGGUUGGACUAGAUGGCCUUUGGGUAUCCCUUCCGACUCUACAUUUCUUUGAUUCUAUGAUAAGGCUGAUAACCCUGCUGGAUCACCUAGUCCAGCCUCCACUUCUCACAUAUUCCCCAAAGGGAAACCCCAGGCAGAGCCUGAGGGAAGCAGCAGCUCUCCCCACCUGUGAUUCUCAGCAACCAGCUUUCAGAGGCAGUGGCUGAGAGGGGAUUUGAACCCAGGUCUUCCAAGUCCUAGUCCAACACCCUAACCACUGCGCCACGCUGCCUCCCGGUGGUCUUACCACAGCCUCCCGUCUGGUGAUUCUGCUCUUUCCUUCAAUCAGCUCCAAGGGCUCCUUUUCCGUCUCCACUGCCAGCGUAGCGAUUGUAGUAGUACUAAACGGGGGCGUUUCUCUGAUGCUGGAUUUGAAUGAUGGCCUUGUGUUGGGUCCUUAUUCCCCGUUUUGUUUGGCAAAUUUAUUGUUUCUAUUUUUAGUGGAUCUUAUCAUGGAUGCGUGGCGUUGCUCGCUGGGCAAGGUGCUUUGAAUAAUUCACUGCCCCAACCCCUUGAAAGGUGACUAAUGAGCAAAUCACCCAUUGCACAUCUUGGGGCCCAGGAACUGUAGAGUUGUAAGGGCUUCCAAGGGUCCUCUAGUCCACCCCCCCCCCGCAGUGCAGGAAUCUGUGCCCCACCCAUUUCCCCCACCCAUAGCGGAGAGGGACUUUUGCCAGCCUCUUCCUCUCCAAUGCAGAGGAGCACAUUUGAGUUUCAGCUCCAGAACGCAGCAGGCAGGCUAUGGGAGUCCAAGUCUUUUUACAGGGACGUGUUUCGGGGGGGUCUUUCACCCCAUUUUUAACAUUUCAGGCUGUUUCUCAAUUUGCAGUUGCUCCAUGUCAGAGUAGACACUCCUAUGCUAAAUGGAGCGAUGGCUUCCUGACUCAACAGAGGUUUGGUUGGUUAGAGAAUCAUUGGAUUGGAAGGGACCCCAGGGGUCAUCUAUUCCAACCCCCGGCAAUGCAGGGAUAAUUUCAAUGCAACCUUCUAGGGGCCACAUGCCAGCAGUGGGCAGGGCCAGAGGAAACAGUGGGCAAGCAACAGAUGCGAAUUUUGCCUUUGUACAGUAGCUUGGUUUUGAGUCGCUCUCCUCCAUCCAGGCCAAGCAAAGAGGCACUAUUAAAAGCCGGACUCAAAGAGGUUGUGAAGAAGGGCUGUGGUCCAAGGAAGAAUCCCAAGGGCCAGGCAGAGAGGCAUCUGGGAAUUUGGGGGCCGGUGAUCCCUGCGGUGGACUUGGCCUCCGAUGGAACACUUUCCUCCAAGCCAGUAAAAAAGCAGAGACUCUCUUUGUGAACUGUCCUCACUCGGAGUGUACCAGAAAAGUUGGGCGCAAGAGCUGGUUUAGGAUGCCAGGCUUUUCUGUAAUCCCAUCCAGACCCCCAGCACAGCUGCCCCCAAACAACCCCACCCAGAGGGGUCUGUGCAAACAGAGGAGGGAGGGAUCAACCUCCUUCUCUUCCUCGUCUUGGCAAUCCGGUUCAGCUCUCCUCCUUUUUCUGUUUGUGAUUUCCAACCCCCCCCCCAAAAGCCCGCAUGAAAAUCCAUAUGCAAAUCUCCGUGUGCAUUUCCCUUCCCGUACAGCAAACCUCGUACGACACAUUUUUGCACUUCCUUUCCUUUGAGUGCACCCCGUUCCCCUAACAGAUGCUUUUUUGGGUGUGCAAGUUUUGGGGUGGAGACCAGACACAUGGCAGAACUCAGGGAAAUGUUGGGUUUGGAAGGACAACAACCAUGUCCCAGCCUUGGCUCAAGAAGUGCAGCUGAGGUCACUGUUUAAUGGAAAUGGAACACACUUCUCUCCUGUCCAGAGGGGCUGGGUUAUCUUUGGGGGGGGGGAGAGCACUGGCCAGCUGGGAAAAUGAUGUCACGACAACAGUGACAGAGGCCUGGAGCCAGGCAACGGGGGAGCCUGGUGAAGCCCAUGGAAGGAGCUGGACCACAGCAGAGAGAGGGCAGGAAAAGCAGGGGUGGGAGAGAUCAAGGCUUGAGGGAGAAGGGGGUGCCCUUGGAGAUGAACUGCAGAGGCUCCCUGAUGAACACAGGAAAGCUUCAGUGCACAUCUUUGGGAAAGGAUUUUCCAAAGGACUGUGUUACUAUCCUGGAUUCCCCCCCCCCCCAAGUCCCAAAUUCAAGCAAGCUUCCCUUUGGACUUUGGAGGGGCUCUCUGGGAGGGCAGGCACUGUUGGGGCGGGCGUGUGAGCAUGCUUUGCCAAGGACCCAAAGACUGGACAGAUUCAUGGAGGAGAGGGCUAUUGAUGGCUCCUAAGCCACGAUGGCUCCGCUCUGUCCUCCACUGUUGGAAGCAGCAAUGCUUUGGAACACCAGUCGCUGGAAGCUGCAGGGAGGGAGAGGGCUGUUGCGUGUUCAAAUCCUGAUUGUGGGCUUUCCAGAAGAGGCAUCUGGUUGACCAAGAGCCCCACUCCUUUGUACACCUCCCUCCCGUCCAUCUUGCCUGGGACUGGCAGUGCCGAUCCAGCUGGACCAAAGGCUUAGCGUUGUCUCGAGGUGGUGCCUAAGCAACACCCCCCCAAGCUGCACUCUGCUGGUCCCUCAACGUCUGGGGUGGGAGACAGCCUUGUCUGCUGGAAUUUUGCUAAAGGAAGGCAGGGCUGAGAUUCUAUUGCUCAUUUCCAAGUGUUGAGAGACUCUGGGGUUCCAGCGCUUCCACAGGUUCCAGUUUCCUGGAAACGAGGGACAGCGGAGAUUGUGGUGUCUUUAGCGUAUAGAAUCAUAGAAAUGUAGAAUUGGAAGGGACCACAAGGAUAAUCUAGUCCAACCCCCUGCAAUGCAGGAAUCUUUCGCCCAACAUGAGAUUCGAACGCAUGUCCCUGAGCAUGUCCCUCAUGCUCUACCAAUCGAGCGAUUGGUUUUAUUAGAUAUGGUUUUAUUGACAUGUCUGUACAACCUAAGGCUAAGAUGGAGGGUCUCACAGCCGUAACACGCCCCCCCCCAUCUGCUUCUCCGAUCAUCACGGCCUUGGGAUCAAGCAUGGCUGUAUCCCUCUGGCUUCUGCCUGCGUCUUUCUCCCAGUUCAGCUCACUCUAGCUGAGAGAAUAGCUCACGACCUGGCUGUUGUCCUCCUAAAUCACACCCACGUUUCCGAGCACAAUUCAAAGUGUUGGUGCUGACCUUUAAAGCCCUAAACGGCCUCGGUCCAGUAUACCUGAAGGAGCGUCUCCACCCUCAUCAUUCAGCCCGGACACUGAGGUCCAGCGCUGAGGGCCUUCUGGCAGUUCCCUCAAUGCGAGAAGUGAGGUUACAGGGAACCAGACACAGGGCCUUCUCGGUGGUGGCACCCACCCUGUGGAACUCCCUCCCACCAGAUGCCAAGGCAAUAAACAACUGUUUUACUUUUAGAAGACAUCUGAAGGCAGCUUUAGGGAAGUUUUUAAUGUCUGAUGCUGUAUUGUUUUUAAUAUUCGGCUGGAAGCCGCCCAGAGUGGCUGGGGAAACCCAGCCAGAUGGGCGGGGUAUAAAUAAUAAAUUAUUAUUAUAUUAUUAUCCAGGUGAGGUGGGAUGGAGGGCCCACCCAUUAGCCUGCCAUUAGGGAGCUUACCCCUUCAGCCACACAGCCCUUGCCUAGACAAAAGGUGGCCCCCAAGGAUGGAAAUCUGCCUGGCUAGUUGAAGAAUGGGGUCCUCUGUUAGAUCUUAACCCUAGCUGGGUAGAAGGCUCCAGGAAUUAGAGGGGACUCGGGAAUCAGGCAGACGGAGGCACCCCGCCAAAAAAACCCUCACAACAAUAUAAAUAAAUGAGCUUUGGAUACAAGUGUGCUGCAAAUACUUGAAAGGUGCACAUCCCCCCCCCCCGACACACUCCCUGCCUGCCUUCCUGGACCCCCUGCGCUCGCCUGCCUGUUUGGGUUGCUGGGCAGGCUUUGAUGCCUGUUAAUGAGACUCUCCCCUUAAACGGGCUUCACUCUGGUGUGAAUUUAAUGCUGAUCCAAUUUGCUGACAGCAGCAAAAGCCACGGGGGCAGAAAAUGCACAGGAGGAGGAGAGAAGGGGGGCUAGUUCAAUCUGCAAAGGUGCCCCCAAGGAUAAAGGUCCAGGGGCAAGGGGCGGAGAGGUCGGCUCCUGGCCACAGGGUGGGGGGCUCUGCAACUGGGUGUGUCCAUCUUCACGUGGCCUAGAGCUGGCUGGGGAGCAGGGAACAGAAGGAUGGACAGACAUCUAGUGCCAUUCCUGGGGAAGAUGCAGAGUGCCUUGGACCAAGCCAGACCUUUGGGUGCAUCUGGCUCUGUGUUGUCUACACUAGCUGGCAGCAGCAAAAGAAGCUGGCAUGGUGAUGCAAAGUCAGUUCCAUCUAACUCAGCGUUGCCUACACUGACUGGCAGCCUUGGCUCACUGGCGGUUCGGACAGAGGAGUCUUUCCCAACCCUAGCUUUCUUUCCCAAACAAUAAACUAAGGUCCCAGGUCUCAUGGUUAUGGAAUAAAGGGCUGAUUUCAGUAGGAAAGGAGGAAGCUGAUGAACCCAGUGUUAGAAAUGUAGAUACAGUAUAUCAGCUAGGCGCCAAAUGGCUCCUUAAACCGGGGUUACAGUUGCCAAAACGGAAUGCCUUGUUGCCAUUUUGGGGGCAGACAGCUUGAAAGUUGUAUGUUUCAGUGUGACUUUUUGGUUCCUGAAAUUCAUUCUGAUUGUGCAGAUAAAAUACCAUGGAUAGAAUCCUACAGGUUGCGCUGCGAGAGUGCGAAAACAGUCCAGAUCCAAGGAUCUCCAGGCAGGCACCUCCAGAGGGUGGAGACUUCAGGUGUCAUCCUGGCGCCCAGGCAUCUUCACUGGGUCACAAAAGUGGCUGAUAGCCAGGGCCAAAAUGCUCCUGAUUUGAACCCGGGACCUUCGGCAUGCAAAGACUCAAUGACCUUUGAGGUCCCUUUGUAACUCCGUGGUUCUGAACUUAGGGUGAGAGGUGUGUGCGCUGGGGAUUGUGAGCUUACCUUGUUGGCAUUGAGGUUUUGCAGAGAACAGUCACAGACUGUGGGUCUCUGGCCCCUCGUGAGCCUCCCUUUGGGGGCACCUGGCCACUGCGAGGAAGGGCUGCUGGACUAGAGGGACCCCUUUUGGCCUGAUCCUGCAGCCGCCAGGCUCUACUGACGUUCUUAUCUUCAGCACCACACCUGAUGCCUUUUAUUUAUUUAUCCAUCUCACACCCUUCCUCAUCCUGCUUCUGCCCCUUCGGUCUGAUCCAGCCGCCUUGAGGCUCUGAUGUUUGCAUUUCACGGCUAUUUCCACACGCCUCCCAUGCCCAGGUGUGCGCAUAUACCUGCCAAACAUCACCUACGUGGCUGUGAUGACAAGGGGACUACAAAAGCUCAUGAUGACACAAUGAAUCUGUUGGCCUCUAAGGGGCCACAAGACUCCUCUCUGCUGCUUUUUCUGCAACAGACCAAGAGAGCUGCGAACCCCGCUGGAAACUGGGGCGUGUCUUGCCUUUUGCUCUCCUUGAUGCACCGCAGUCCCUCUGUCUCCCACUGGUUUGGAGUGGAGGGCAGGGGUGAAACUGGGCUUUAUUUCACCCGAGUCAAAGACCCAGUUUGCCGCACUCCCAAUGCACACACACGCACAGGCUGGGAGCCUAAAUGGCGCCCCUCUGGAGGCUUCCCCCGGCCAAAAAAAACCCAGAUAGCCCCCUUCUGCCAGCUACAGGAUUGGUGGAGGGUCUGGAAAAAGUGGGAGACUCAGCAAGUCCAGGGCUGUAUCCAGCCCCGUCCUUUAGCUUAGGUGCCCAGCCGAUUGGGAUUUCAGCAUCCAAUUUUAAAAGCCACACAGACAGACACAGAGGGAGGUGCAGGCCCUCCACUGCCAGGGCUUGUGCCUUAUGUGCCGCUCUCUUAUUUUUUAAUAAUUGAGAGUAAUAAAUAUGUAUUCCUCCUUCCUUCUUCCUCCCACCCUCCGCAGCUUGUCAGCUCCCAGCGCCUCUCCUCUGAUCAGGCCGCAUCUUUCCUUGAGUGCAAAAAAAAGUGGGGGGGGGAGAGAAAGGGGGGGAAAUCCUUUAAGCAAAAAAGGAUUAAAGCUGGGAAAGUAGGGCUCUUAUUGCCAGCGACUGAGGCCUCUUCUGGAAGGAGCCACCCUCCGAGGUUGGGAAAGGAGGCUGCCAGGGGCGGGGAGGCGAGGGUUCUUGGCCAAGGCCACUGAUGGAGAUGGGGGCGGGCAGGAAUCAGUGUAAAGAGAGGCCCAGCCAUGAAGCCCACUUCUUGUACAGUGGUACCUCAGGUUAAGAACUUAAUUCAUUCUGGAGGUUCGUUCUUAACCUGAAACCGUUCUUAACCUGAGAUACCACUUUAGCUAAUGGGGCCUCCCGCUACCGCCGGAGCACGAUUUCUGUUCUCAUCCUGAAGCAAAGUUCUUAACCCGAGGUACUAUUUCUGGGUUAGCGGAGUCUGUAACCUGAAGCGUCUGUAACCCGAGGUACCACUGUACUUGUGUGUCUCUGUGUUGCAGGGGCAGUGCAGUAAAGAGGACAGGCUCUCUCCCUGCUUUCUAACCCAGCUUGUGAGAAGAGGGACCAGAAAUGCAGCCUUGGUCAACCUGGUGCCCUUCAGAUGCUUUGCUCUAUGGCUCCCAACAGCCCCAGAGAUGCCAGAGGGCGUCAGGUUGCUAAAGGCUGCGGCAGACCCUUCUGUAUCGCCUUGGCGGUUGUCUUAGCAAGGCUUGGCGUAAUCCCAAGGGCCAGGUCAUGACUCCAUUGGGAGGGGGGAAGCAGCCCCCUCCCCUGGGCGCUGGGUGCUCACAUCACCCAUUGGCUGAACCUGCAAAAGGGACCGAGGCCUCUGGGGCACUCUGGAUCCUGCCCGACUCCCUCAGCCCUGCAGGGGACAGCACGGCCAAUGGUCCGGUGAUGGCAAUAAUGGGAGCCCAGGAAGUUCUGGAGGAGUUGCAGUCUUGAGGGGGUGGGCGCCACCUUCCUGGACCCCGUGGUUUUGCAAAUCUCCAGGGAGGCUGUGGAAAAGACGCCCUGUCCCAAACCCUGGAGAGCCAUGGCUGCCAAGUCCGUGUGGAUGAAACUGAGCCUGGCUCCUUCUUAAGGCAGCUUCCUGGCUCUGGGGGCACCCCUUUGGGGCGCUGUGUGGGGACAGGACUCUGAAUGAGGUGGCUUGAUCCAGCAAAGCCAGGCUCUGCUUUGUUUCUUAUGAUUCCUAAACAGAACCUCCACGGGCAGAUGGAGUCUACCUGGGAACGAUGAACAGAAACAGGGGAAGGCUGUGCUCUCAGAUCCUGCUGGUGGGGUUUCCUCUGGGGCACCUGGGCAGUCCCUGGGGCAAGAGGAUGCUGGGAUAGACAGGUAGGGCCCCCCCUGCACCUGCGCCUCUGGAAACCCUACAAAUGUGGCUGGUGACAGCCCCUGCUUGCAGUCUGGUGUUUUCUUUUGGAGGUACCUCCCUGUCCAGCGCCUGUUGCUGUUUUAAUCCAGCUGGCUUCCAUCCUUUAUUUGGGCGGUGGGGGGGGGAGUUUAGGGUUGCUUUUAGCUUUAAAUGUUUUAUGGCUGUCUCCAUCGCUGCUCUUGUCUUUGAGCUCCGCGUUUAUCGCAGAGUGCUUCCAGGGCCAUUUGGCAGAGAGCGCGGCUUAUAAAUAAAUCCCCCGGUAGCCAAUUCUGAAUGGGGAUAGAGUGUACCCACUGGUGCCUCCACGGAGAGGGAGGGGGGACAGGCAACAGAGCCCACUGGGGGCCAUUUAGUCCAGAGAAAAGGGAGCAAGAGAGACAGCAGGGUGGAAGUUUGCAAAAUGAAGCCUGGUGUGAAGAAAGUGACCGCAGAAAAGUUUUUCUCCCUCUCUCAUCACUCUGGCCCUCGUGGGCAUCCAAUGAAGCUGAAUGUUGGGAGAUUCAGGACAGAUAGGGCCAUAGAACUGUAGAGCUAGAAGGGACCCCCAGGGGUCAUCUAUCCCAACCCACUCCAAUGCAGGAAUCUUUACUAAAGCAUCCCUGACAGAUGGCCACCCAACCUCUGCUUAAAAACCUCAAAUGAAAGAGAGUUCACCACCUUUGGAGGGGGUCCAAUGCACUGCCAAACAGCUAUUACCAUGAGAAAAUUCUUUCUAAUGUUUAGUCAGAAUCUCCUUUCUUACACAUAAAGUAGACAGAAGAACGGACUUCUUCACGCAGCCCAGAGUUGAACUAUGGAACUUACUGCUGCAGGACGCUAUGGCUGGAGUGGCUUUAUUUUAUUUUAUACAUUUUUAUUGAUUUUUUAACAUAUCAGUUCCAACAGUCAUAUAACAUAUCUUCUCUGCUUAUACAAUAUUUUAGACUUCCGUCAACACCUCUGAUGAUUUUCCCUUCUUUAUCACUUGGCUGGAGUGGCUUUAAAAGAGGACUGGGCAAAUUCAGGGAGGAGGGGAGGGCAUUGAAGGCUACCAGCCACAUUGGCCAUGUGCUGCCUCCCCAGUCAGAGGCAGUAUGCUGGGGACCAUGAGUGGGGAGAGGGCUGCUGUUGUGGCCCUGUGGGGGGCUGCUUAGGGGCUUCCCUUGGGGCAUCCGCUGUCCCCUGUGAGCUGGGCUGACCCAGCAAGCUCCUCUUCUGACAAGACAGAGACGCUGGCCUGUCCAUCUGCAGCAGACUCCCCGGGGAGCCCUGGGAAGAGGGUGCUCAGCGCUCCUUCCUCUCCGGCACGAAGCGCUUUUUGAGUUCUGCUUAGGCUGCAUUCCGCCUGGCUGCUGCCUCUGCCGCUCCUCCUCCCGCUGCCCUUUACACCAAGGGAGGCUUGCACGAGAACAGAGACGAUCUGCACGCUCUCUCCCUCUCUUGCUGCAGUUGCUCCUUUCCCACCUGCGCAGAUGGAUCCGCCUAGACAGAUCAGCACUCCUGGGUGACGCUGCCGCUUCCAGGCCUGGCUGGGCCUGGCACCCUCCGCCUGCCUGAUGAAUGAGCCCACGAGGAGCCCUUGCCAUCCCACUGGAGGGCGGGCUCAGCGUCUCCCCGGGGAGGCCAACUCAGCCCGGGUAUCAAGUCAAGCAAGUGUGCUGCGGAGAAAGGGGGGGCGUGCGUUGGGCUAUUUUUAGCCCCUCCACCGUAUUCCCAGGCCAGCUGCACUCUAAAUAGAUCCAGCCACAUCCAUGGAGCUUCUUCGGCCCCCUCCCCAAAUCCUCCACACGGCAAGGCUGAGGAGGGGGCUGCUUUCCCUCUGGAAUCAUUGGCCCGGGGGUUUCACGCAUGCAUUUCUUUUGUGAACAUCUUAACAGCUUUAUAUCCCUCCCGCCUUUCACCCUUGUGAGCCUGAUGAAACGCACUCUUAUUAGCGCAUGGGAAACAUAUGCCAUGAGACAUUUGUUAGGCUUCCAGGUGCCACAAGGCGCUCUCUGCUGCUUCCUUGUGACUCAGGGGCAGUGCUGAGCCCGGGAAGCAGACAGAUCCGGAGGUGAGCAGGGGAUGAUGGCCAUGAUAGUCCUGUGCAAUUGACACACACACACACACACACACACACACACACACACACACCCAGCUGUCACCCAGAAGUGGGCAGGGAUGAUAUCUAAUGGGCUUUAAGUUACCGGAAGGGAGAUUGACAUUUAAGAUUGCAAGAAGCAGCGAGAGCAGGACAGAUAGAUGCAAGGACUUAUUCGUGCAGCACAGAGUGGAACUAUGGAACUCCCUGCUGCAGGAAGCCGGGAUGGCCACCCUCUGGGAUAGUUCUCUAAAAGAGACAAACUCCUGGAGGAAGAGAGGACCACCCAUGGCUCUGGUCUGCCUCCACAGGAAUGCUUCUCAGUUGCUGGAAACCACAGGAGAGGAGGGCUGUUGUGCUGGGUUCCCCGCAGGUGUUUGGUUGGGAGAACAGGAGGCUGCUCUAGAUGGGCCCCCUUUGGCCUGAUCCUGCAGGCUCUUCUUCAGUUCUGACACCUUUCCAUCAUAGGACCAAGGAGGGAGGAAGGCAGGCUUCCGCAGGCCAGUCGCCGGGACUCUGAAGUGGGAAGAGUGGAUGUUGUCCUCGGGUUCUGCUUGUGGGCAUCUGGCCAGCCACUACGAGGGCAGGUGCUGGGCACCCUCUGGCCUCAUCCAGCCUGCUCUGAGGACCUUCUGAUGUUCUUUAGUUUGGCCAGGAUUGCACGGAGGCCACCACAUACAUUUUCUUUAAUGCCACUCUGUUUUAUGAUAAUGGCGGUCUGGAAUGACUCAUAAUAAAUGCAACUGAGACCAUCUCCAUUCAGCGCCCAGAAAAGCCCCCCUUUCCCACAUUGGUCUGCCUUGCUGCUCAGCUGCUUCCUGUGCUGCUCCAGCCUGGAUGAGGGAGCCUCUGAUUUGCAGGGAAAGGGCCACUGGAGCUCAGCAGCAGAGCACCUGCUUGGCAUGUAGAAGGAGAUCCUUGGCAACAUCUCCAGGCCCAGCUUGGAAGGACCCCUUGCCUGAGACCCUGGAGAGCUGCUGCCAGUCAGUGUAGACAAGACUGAGCUAGAUGGGAUAAGGCAGCUGGGGGGGGUUAAAUGGGGCUAGGUAAUGAGAAUGCUGUGUGCCUACAGCUCAUGUCAAGAGGAAACUGCAGGAGCAGGGAGCUUUCUUGCUGUCCCACUUGGGGGCUUCCCAUAAUGGGCCCCUGGUUGGCCCCAUGAGGACAGGAGACUGUGCUCAAUAGGACUGCAGCCCGAUCCAAUGGGGCUCUUCUAAUGGAGGUCUGUUGCAAAAGCAGAACCUCCAUGUCCAGGGACAGUCUACCUUUGAAUGCCAAAUAGGGGUAACUGGAAAGUUGCCGUUGCAUUCGGUCCAUGCUUUUCAGCUUCCCAUUUUAGGGAUCUUGUCGGACAAUACGAGUACAGGAUGGUGGCUUUGAUGAGCCAUGGGUCUGAUCCAGCAAGUGCCUUUGAUGUUGGCUGUUAAGGGUCCUCCCAUGUCCUUCAUCACCCCAAGAAAUACAAAAGCAAAAGGCUGGAGGGAGAAGCCCACCCUGAGCCCCAGGACCUGGGCUCUCCUGGAAAUGGGGUUGCGGUUGGGGUGGCAGAUUGGGUGAGGGGGCCCAGGCUUGCGGAGGGAGGCUGUGCCAGAACUGCCCCCCCUCCCUGGCAGGCUGGUCAGUGCAGGAGGGUCUCCUCCUCUUCCUCCUGGCGUCUCUUCCUGGCCCACCUGCCUGAGCAGGCGCAGCCCCUCCUUGCCAGCACUCGGCUCUCUCCGAGAUCGAUAGAGCCAAGAAGCAGCACGAGAAAACAAGGUGAAUAUUUCAUAGGAUCCAGGGAGGCUCCCCUCCCCCUCCGGCCGCCUGUCUCCCUCCACGGCCAGCUGCUCACGGCUCCAGCAGCAGCUCCUCUGCGGCACGGAGGCAGGAGGGAUCUGCUGGCCAGGGUGGGGUCAGCCCUGCCAGCUGGGCCUCGGCAAGAGCACCCUGGGGUCCCACAAGCAUUGUCACCCCAUGACUGUUGGGCUUCUCCACCACCAGCACCUCACGUCUCUCUGUGUCCCCUAACCCUAACCUGGAUGGCUUUAAAAAAGGGUUGGACAAAUUCAUGGAGGAGGAGAGGGCUAUUGAGGGCUGGUAGCCACAAUGGCAUACCCUCCAACAUUUCUCCGAUGAAAUUAGGGACGUCCUAAUGGCUCUGUGGGUUAAACCACAGAGCCUAGGACUUGCCAAUCAGAAGGUCGGCGGUUCGAAUCCCCGCAAUGGGGUGAGCUCCUGGUGCUCAGUCCCUGCUCCUGCCAACCUAGCAGUUCGAAAGCACGUCAAAAGUGCAAGUAGAUAAAUAGGUACCACUCUGGCGGGAAGGUAAACGGCGUUUCCGUGCGCUGCUCUGGUUCACCAGAAGCGGCUUAGUCAUGCUGGCCACGUGACCCGGAAGCUGUACGCCGGCUCCCUCGGCCAGUAAAGCGAGAUGAGCGCCACAACCCCAGAGUCGUCUGUGACUGGACCUAAUGGUCAGGGGUACCUUUACCUUUACCUUUAAUCCAUGAUGAUGAUGAUGAUACAGUAGUAAUAGUAAUAAUAAUAAUAAUAAUAAUAGUGUUAUUUAUACCCCGCCCAUCUGACUGGGUUGCCACAGCUAGUAUAUAAAAACACAAUAAAACAUUAAACAUUUUUUUAAAAAAACUCCCCUCUACAGGGCUGCCUUCAGAUGUCUCCUAAAGGUUGCCUAGUUCCUUAUCUCCUUGGCUCGGGGGACACAUAACUCUGUACGCUCCAACAUUUCUCUGAUGAAAGUAGGAGCAGGAGCUUUCUCUCUUUCACAGUGAGCCCUAGAUUGAGAGGAACCGAUGGGUGGGAGAGGAUGGGGCAGCCCCACACCACCCACCCAACGCCCACUGAACACCCACAACUUCCCCCAAAGACUCCUGGCAACUUAUCUCAGUGUGCCAGGACCUCCAGCUCUGUGAGUGAGGAAAUUGCAGGGCUUCAGAAUGGAUGGGGCAGACCUGCCCUAGAUCUUGUGGGGCUGGAGGACGUGGCAGAGAAGGGGGACUCUUUCCUCUCCCCAUGCACCCGUCCCUUGAGGUUUGGGAGGAUGGAAGAUGCAGGUUGAGAGGUGGCUGAUCCCUGGAAAUCUGCAGCCCGGCCGCAGUCUGGAGCGGUGGAAGUUUUUGCAGCUGCAUUGUGUGUUGGGGGGGAGGGGCACACGACUGUUGACAUGUUUUUUUGAAACAAUUUCAGAUCCGAUAUCUUUGCCAGAUUGAGUUUGUAACCAGCUUUAUUGUUUAAGCCCUGCUGGGAUUUCAUCAAAGGCGUCUGCUGUUUACCCAAAGACAUUUCAUUGGAGAAAACAGCAAACAGGCCUGACGCUCCAUCUGAUUUCACGUUUAUUCAACCCCCCUUUUUUUUCCUGGGGAAUUCGGGAGCCGGUGAAAUGGCGGGGGUGUGAUAAGGCAAGAGAGCAAUGUGGCGAAACCCCCCACCCACCCGACGUGGCUCCGUGGGGACUUCCAGGCUGUGCCAGUGCACAAUAGCCUUGUCUUUGAAAGUAUUUGUUGUUGUUCUGUUUACUGCAUUUGUAUCCCACCUUUUCCUCCAAGGGGCUCAAAGUGGCAUGCGUGGUUCUCCCCCUCCUUGUUUAAUCCCCACCCCAGCCCUGCGAGGUAGGCGAGGCUGAGAAAGGCAGCAACUGGCCCAACCAAGGUCACACUCCGUGUGGAUUCGAACCCAGGUCUCUCCCAAGUCCUAGCCUGACACUCCAACCACUGCGCCACACUGUCCCUGGCCCAGGUGCAAAGGAGGGAAACAGAGAGUGGGGCCUUCCCCCUUCCUUGCCCUUCUUGUGCCAGGGUUGUGCCUGAGGUGGGCUUCCUUUUGCUGAAAGAUGCUUUUCUUGUCCGGGAGGCAAGGUGGGCCCAGGGUGGGCCUGAUCCAUCAUGACAUGCUGCCAGUUCACCCUCAAAAUGGUCCAGCUGUCAUCGGAAAAGCCAAAUGGAGCGGCCGUCCCCCAUCCCAGCGCCCUCCAGAUAUCUGGGACUACAACUCCCAACAGCGCCAGCAUCACUCGGCAGCACUGGCUGGGACUGAUGGGAAUUGUAGUCCCCAAACAAAGGGAAGGUCUGAGGCUCACAGGAAAAGCAGCAGCAGAAGGAGCGCAGGGAGCAGGAUUCGCCUCGUCCGAAUUAACCCAUUGGUCACUGUAAGAGCAAGAGGCUGGACUGGAUGGGCUCCCUUUGGCCCGGUCUGGAAGCAAGGCUGAUUCAAGCCUUCAUAAGAAAAUCAGGGGAGGUUUUCUGGACCCCACUAGGCCAGCAUCCUGCUCUCGCAGGGGUCAAGCAGGUGUCCCCAAAUGGAAGCCCAAGCAGGGAGUGAGAGGGAUGGUCUUUUUCCACUGCGGCUCCCUAGCAGUCUAAGGUAGGCUGGAUCUGUCCAUGGAAGCUCUGCUUAGACCAAAGGAGGGACCGCCCAAUGUCCAUCCAGCUGCCCCCAAUAGCAAGCAGGGCCCAGGUACUAGAGCAACGCUCUCCCUACUUGCGAUUCUCCCAGAGGCGUUCACUGCCUCUGACAAGUGGAGACCCAACUCAUUCUCUGGGUUGGUUUUUGCUUGUGCAAAGGUGGAAGUAAUAUCUAAUAAAGCGAAUUGCUCUCGCACCUUCGCUGCCUCUGCACCGGAAGGGGAGCUUUGCAGUUUGGGGCGAUGACUCACGAGCCAGCCCCCUACCUCCCCCCAUCCCAACCCCUGCUUGUCUCGGGGGCACCUGACGGCAUUGCCCCGCAAACCCUCUCCGCCACACACCUCCCGGGCGAACGCGGCUGGCUUGUCUCCUCCAUCUAUCACACCUGCGCUGUGACAAUGUAAUUUUUAUCUCUGGUUGUUUAUUUCUCAGAUGGAACUACUUGUAAAUUCCGGGAAGAAUAUAUCUCUCUGCGUGUGACACAACCAGCACAAGCCGAUUAAUCUGGCCUUUUAGGAGUGGAACGGGGAGACAGGGCAGAGGUGCCCCCCGCCUGUGCAAUUGAGGGGGGAGUGGUGGCACCAGGAGGGGGGGCUGCCUGGCAGAAGCAGGACCAAUUGCACCCCCACCCCAGUUUUCAGCAUAAAUGCGCUUGAAUGUGUGACAGAGCAGCCAGGAACCCUGACAGAGAAAAGUCUGCUUUUUACCCAGUGAAGCCACAGUCCCAUCUAGGUCACUAUAGACUGCACUGAUGGGCAGCAGGGGGUGUCUCUGCCCGGCCCUACCUGGAGGUGGCAUUGGGCCUUCUGCAUGCCAAGCAGGUGCUCUGCUGCUGAGCUAGAGUCCUUCCUCUAAAGCGUCUCUGGUCUUUGUGGUUCUGAAUCAAGGGCUGGUUUUAAAUAGGGACAUUGGAAGCUGCCUUCUGCUGUCUCAGACCCUUGGUCCAUCUUGCUCAGUGCUGUCUACACUGACUGGCAGCAGCUCUCCAGGGCUUCCGGCAGGGAGUUUCUCCCAGCCCCACCUGGAGAGGUCAUUAGAGAUUGAACCCGGGGCCACCUUCUUGCAAGGCGGACGCUCUGCCACUAAAGUACGGUUCUCCCCAUCGCUUUGGGAGCUCAGCUGCCGGCCUCAUUCACCGCCCCACCCCAAAAAACACCCUUUUGGCCCAGCCCCAAAUCACCCCCCUUCUCAAAGCACCUUUUUGCACCCCAGGUGCCGUGAGAGCAUCCAGAGCCCUUGUGAGAAAGGCACCUUAGAAUAAAGAGCUGUGAGGUCGGGGGCUGAGAUCCUCUUGCCCUGAAGGCAGCUUCUCUAUGAGGGUGUUGGGUGGACAUUUUCAAGGUCAUGACCAGGCGAGAGUCUUUGCAGGAGCCAGCCCCAACUAGGCCUUGGUAACCCGAGGGCUGUUCCUCUGAUCCAGGACUCUGCACAUGCUCUUUAGUGCUUUGGCUAUUUCAUGGAAUCCUAGAAGGGGUCCCGAGAGCCAUCUAGCCCAACCCCCUACAAUGCAGGAAUCUUUUACCCAACAUGGGAUUCGAACCCAUGACCCUGAGAAGAAGAGAGUCAUGCUCUGCUGACUGAGCUAUCCAAUUGCCCUUGAAUGAUCACAGCUACCCUGUGACACUUGAUGUCAGAGAACAGGGGGUUUAAACUUCUCUCACCCCGACCCCAAUUGUAGUCCACCAUUGUCCUUCCGCUAGACUGCUUCUCUCUCUUUCUCUUUCUCUUUCUCUUUCUCUUUCUCUUUCUCUGUCUCUUUCUCUCCCCCUCUUUCUUCUUCCUUCCUUCCUUUCUCUCUCUCUCUCUCUCUGCUAAACAAUAAUCCCCCCACAUUCUGAGGCAGGGAAGAAGAGCCAAAUUCUGUGACCUGAUUAAGCAGAUUUGCCCAGGCAGGCAAGCAGGGUCUGUCUAAUUCCUACUGGCGCGGGGAGGUUGGCGGGGGGAGAGAGAGAAGAAGCAGUGAGUCAGAGCCCUGGGACCCUCUGGCAGGACUGGCGUGGCAUUCUGCCUGUCACACACAAACACGCCGCCCUGCCUGGGAUGUUCCACCAUGCAAAACACCAGCGCCAACUGGGGGUCCCUUGCUGGGGGAGACCCCACCCAACAAGAGCCUCUUCAGCCCUCUCCUAUUUGGUCUCCCUCCUUCCACCCUGCCAGUCUCCAUGGGCCUAUGCUGUUAGCCAGGGCACUGACGGAGAACCUCCAAGUCCAGGGGCAGGCUACCUCGGAAUGCCAGCUGUGGAGGGACAGGCGUCAGGAGUGGGGCUGUGCCUUUGUGUCCUGCUUGGAGACGCAAUGCUAAUCUCAAUCCGGCCCGUGGACGGUCCGGGAAUCAGCGUGUUAUUACAUGAGUAGAUUGUGCUAUUUAAAAUGCAUCUCUGGGUUAUUUGUGGGGCAUAGGAAUUUGUUCAUUUUUUUUUUUCCAAAACAGAGUCCAGCCCCCCACAAGGUCUGAGGGACAGUGGACUGGCCCCCUGCUGAAAAAGUUUGCUGAUCCCUGGUUUAGGGCAUGUAGGAAUCUUCCCCUUUGCCCCUCCCUCUGCCCCCGAGUUCCCCUUUCUUUCCUCCCUUGCUAGGUGGUCAGUCUUGCUGCUCCCCCUGGACCCAAGGAAGGGGUCAGGCCCCUUGGUAGGAGGCUCCCCCCACCUCCCCUCAAGCAUUACCUUGAGUGUAAAUGUUGGAUUCAAAUGUCAGGAAAGGAGAUUCCGACUAAACAUUGGAAAGAACACCCAGACAAGCCAGGGCUGUUCGACAGCAGACUGGCUGGGACGGUGGCAGGCUCUCCUUCCUUGGAGACUUUAAAGCAGAGAGAUUAUUUGGCUGUGAUUCUUCCAUUGCAAGGGGUUGGACUAGAUGGCCUUUGGUAGUCCCUUCCAACUCUACAAUUUAUACGAUUCUGUGAAUGUGAAGAAGGCUUCUGUGUGACCCGAAAGCUGGCACCCCCUUUAGCAGUUUGCCCCCUGUGGCUUUUCUGUGUUCGGGGGGUCAGAUGCGGCCCCUUUGCAUCCCCCCCGCCCCCGUAUUCAGAGCAGUGCAGUGGCAGGUGGUGGCACAGGCCCCUUUGGACCCCCGCUGAGCUUCUGUGCUGAGCUGUGGCUGCUGCCGCUGCAUCUUUGGGAGGUUUAUGCAAAUGCGGAUUUGGGCCUCCCUCUUCCUGCUCUGGCCUGCGCCAUGGCCCAGAUACGGAAAGUGCUGAGCCGACACUUGCGCUGGGGGGGGCAGUGUGGCCGCCACUCCAGCCAGCCAUCUGCAAGGCUCUCUCGAGCUGGGGGAGGGCGGGGAGGAGGAGGAGGAAGGUGGGGGGUGCACGAGAGGCCGCUACGCACCCAACAACUUGAGGGAUAGUGCCAGGUGGCAGGCCCCCCCCACUCAAAAACCCCUGUCCUGCCAAGUGCAUCUUCCUUACGGAGACACCUUUUUCUCCUCCCCCAAGCCUGCUUAUUCACAGACAGCACCAAAUGUCCACACGUACACGCACACACACUUUCUGCAGGGUGCCACUGACACCCAGUGCGUCAUGAUCCGAAGAGGAGCUUGGUGGGGAGAGAGAAGCCGCCCGGCAUCUCUGAGAUGUGCUAAUGGCUUGCAGGAGGGAGGCAAGGAGGCCUUCUCCUGCCAAGUUUCCUACAGUGAAGGGCACAGAGCAUAUGCUUGGCAUGCAGAAGGCCCCAGGUCCAAUCCCCAGCGGCAGCUCCAGGCAGGGCUGGUAAAACGACUCUGCCUGAAAUCCCAGAGAGCCUCUGCUGCUGGUCAGUGCAGACACUACUGAGCUAGAUGGGUGAGUAGUCUGCAACAGGAUGGGGUUAGGACAUGGGUAGGCAAACUAAGGCCCGGGGGCCAGAUCCGGCCCAAUCGCCUUCUAAAUCUGGCCCCCGGACGGUCUGGGAAUCAGCGUGUUUUUACAUAAGGAGAAUGUGUCCUUUUAUUUAAAAUGCAUUUCUGGGUUAUUUGUGGGGCAUAGGAGACCGUUCAUAUUCUUUUUCAAAAUAUAUUCUGGCCGCCCACAAGGUCUGAGGGACAGUGGACCGGCCCCCUGCUGAAAACAUUUGCAGACCCCUGGCGUUGGAUUAGUGGCAGAGCUUCUGCCCUGCAUGCCGAAGGUGCCUGGCUCAAUCGCCCACGGCAUUUCCAGGGAGGUCUGGUAGGGAGCCCUGCCUGAAACCAUAGCUGCCAGUCAGUGCCAACACUCCUGAGCAAAAUGGACCAAUGAUUGUGCUCCUGUGGUCAAGGUCUCCUACCUGGGAGGCAGUUGGCGGAGGAGAGAAGGGAGGAGUAGCGGGAUCCUGAAGGCACCCAUUUAUGCAUCUCUGGAUGAGGCCCUUCUCUGCCUCCCCUGGUUGCUCCAUGUCAGCGGAUGGGCCCAGCCAUGUGGGGUGUCUGGGGCUCAGGGCCAACAUGCUGGGUUUGUAUGCCUGAGAAUGCAGGAGGCAGAGACUGGCUGGCAACACUGCUCCCUAUACACACCCCUCCAUCCUUCCACCUCUCCAUCCCUCCAUCCAUUCCUCCAUCUCUCCAUCCCUCCAGGCCUCCUAAAAGCCUUGCUAUAGUUGCCAGAAGAGGUGGGGGAGCUGCAGAGAGAGAGGAGGUGACCCUCUUGAGAGAAGGGGCAGAACAUUCCUCUGGAAGAUAACUUGGUGUUCUUCCAAACCCUUUUAUUGUCUCAAACUUCCCCAGCACAGUUAAACUCCUUUGGCUGCAGCCUGUCUUCUUCUGGGGGGGGGAGAUCGCUCUGGUCCCAGGGCAGGGAAGGGAGGGGCCCCCUCCGCUGAGGCACACCCUCAAGUGUUGCUGCUGCCUCAUUUGAGCUGCACGCAUGAUUCAUUGGCAGAUCGCUCUCUCUAUCCACUUAGGAUCACAGGGCAGUUUGCAAUACAAUCAAUGAAGCAAUAAAAAAAGAAUACUAGCCAUAAAACCAUUAACAGCAAAGCGUUCGAUAAAAACCAGGCGCUCGCUCUUCCUCGGGUCAGGGCAGCAAGGCUUAAUUUUGCAAAGCUUAUCGUCCGAUUGUCGUGCGCUCGGUUUGGGCUCCUGGAGCCAGGGAUGGGGCCAGAAAGGUGUUCCGUGCGCAUCUGGUGCAAACAGGAAAAACAGGCGCUUCCCAAAAGAGGAAGCAAAGGGCACCCAAGGAGCCUUCGAAAUUCACAGCUCCGAAUUUUGCAAUGCACUCCUCCCACGGAAGCAGGCGCGCAGAAAGUUGGAUAUUAGUGGAAAAUAACGGGCCACAAUUCAAACCUGCUAGCUGGCAACAAUCCAUAUAUUAGGCAAGAUGGCAUACAAAAAUGUGUAUAUCUGGAGAAACGUGUGCAAAUGUUCAAGAAGGACGCAAAUGUACAUGGAAAGGGAGCAAAUUGGUGAGAACAGGAUUCUGGACCCGGCGGAACUAACCCAGCUUCAGGGACUCUUCUGGCUGUAGCCCCCCUGCCCUGAGCUGCCCCACAUACGGUGUGCGUCUGUGUGACCCUGCCCAGCCCCUUUUCCUUUUUCACAUGAGGGGGGGAUAUUCCAGCCCGGUGCACAAAAAACGAGCCUCCCUCCCUUAAUGGCCGUUUCAGGCAUCCGCUGUUUCUCAACCCAGUUCCCGGGCAGUGAGUCAUCCUCCCUGGUCGCUGUGCUCAGUGAGUUCCACCCUGGAAUUGGGUCCCUGUGGCUGGCGGGGCUGCCCUCUGCCUCCUGCCCCACAGAAAGGCAGGUCUGCCAGCGCAGUCACAAGUCACUCAACCCAAACUCAAGUGCUUUGCAGGGGGCGAAAUACUUCUCCUCCUGCUGCUUUUUGUGUCUGUUGCUAAUUCAUGGGGAGAUAAUAAGAAGGCUCUGGGUGGGUGGGUGUGUGUGUGUGUGUGUGUGUGUGUGUUUUUGCGUGAGGAAAAAGGGGUGGAUCAGACAAUGCCUGCACGGGGCUGCAGAAUGCCUGGCCCGGAAUUGGAUCCUCCUUGAUUGUCUCUCCUCUUCCCUCCUCAAAUGGAAGCUGAGUCUAUCAUCUCUGGCCAAAUGAGAGGCUGCCUCUCUCUCUCUCUCUCUCUCUCUCUCUCUCUCUCUCUCUCUCUCUCCCCUCCACACCAGGGAGGAAGAGGCAGCGAGGAGAGGGAGGGAAAAUCACAGGUUAUUUUUCCACACUUUGGAAAAAAGGAGGCAUUCUGAGCGAGGCCAGGCUGAAUAGGGCUAGGAAAUUGCCUCGCAGGCCUGCUCUCUGCAGGGACGGCCUCUUUCGCGGCCCCCAAGUAUUUGGAAACCUAAUUGUGCGUUUGCGCCGGCCACUGUUUUCGUUUCCCCCCGCGCAGGUCUCAGAGGUGGGCUUUGAAGAUUGCUGUCGCUCCGUAAUGGCUUUCCUUUAUCUUGAGCAAACUCCACACACCUGCGAGGCGGAGCUCCUCGAGAGAAAUGGGGCCAGAAAUUGGCUCUCAGUUUAAUAAACCUGCAAACGGGGAGAGAGGCAGAGCGGGUUGAGUGGCAGGUGCAAGGGGGGGGGGGAUAGGAGGGGGUGCUGACGCUGCCAUUGGCUUGCGAUUGAUCAGCUUCCCAGGAAUGGCUCCCCCCCCCCCCGACUUCCAAAAAUCCUGCCCAGGAUGGGAUUUAUGGACCAAGUCUUUUGGGCUCGGCCCCCGGCCCUUCCCUAGCUUUGCAGCUGUGAGAACACUGGUCCAUCUAGCUCAGUAUCGGCUACACUGACUGGCAGCAGCCCUCCAGGGUCUCAGGCAGAGAUGCUGUGAGCGAAUGAACCUGGGAUCUCCCACCUGGCAAGCAGCGGCCCUGCCAUGGAGUCAGGCUCCCACCGAGCUGGGCGUCCUUCUAGCUCAGGACUGCCUGCACUGACCAGAAGCAAUGGCUCUCUGGGUCUCAGACAGAAAGUCCUCACCAGCUGUCCCUGGAGAAGUCAUUGGGGAUGGAACUGGCGACCUUCUGCAUGCCAAGCAGGAGUCCUGGACCACUAAGCUCUCCAGAAUACAUGGGGUUUGGCCAUCCUGCUGUGAAGUCCUGUGCUCCUGCCUGGACAGCACCACCAGGCGCAAGGUGCGCCUUGCUAUUGGGGGGUGCUGCCCCCAGCUUCCUCUUCUGCAUGCCAGAGGCCGACUGGCUGACCUUGGGCAGAAUUGCUGCAUGGGAGCUGCAUGGGACUAGCAAGGGCCAUGUAGUCCAACCCCCGCAAUGCAUCUUGGCCGUGCUCUGCCAGCAGCCUGGCACAAGCGCCCAGCUAUCCAGACAGCCACCUAUCCCCCCUUGCCAGGCCAGAUGCCUUCCCCCACUUCACAGAAUCAUGGAAUUGUUGAGUUGGAAUGGAACCACAAGAGUCAUCUAGUCCAACCCACCGCAAUGAAGGAAUCACAGCUCCAGAAUCUCGCCCACCCAACACCUCCGAUGAGACGGUGCAAGGCAGGAGCUGCAGUUGGGGGCUGCUGCCAGAUGGACCUUAUGAGCCCACCUACUCCAAGGGGGCCAGGUGGGGAGGGAGGUCUCAGCCCGGCUUGGACUGGCAGCCCUCUCCUCGGCCUCUUCCCCGAAGGAGCCCAGAGCCUCUUUGCUGCUCCUUGCCGGCUUCCGGCUGCGGCACUUAAUGCCGCCACGCUCGGCUGCCUCAGGCCGCCUCUCUGGUGUCAAGAGGCUUCUCUGCUUCUCCAUCCCCCCAGCAAAACCCCGUGGCUCCUUGAUGAACCACUGCUGCAAGGGGGGGGGCAUGCAAAAUCCCUUUACAGUGAGGCCGAGCGAGCCGAGAGGAGAGGCCGGGGCUCGGGGCUGCUCUGCGCUGGCCGUGCGCAGAAGGAGACAGGGCGAGGUUUUGCCUCUUCUCCUCCCUCCAGCCGGGACUCAGAAAAGCUGCUAUUUUUUUCCUAUGGCUCUGAGCUCUCAAUGCAUUCAGACGGCAUCCCGUUGGCAGAGGAGGGGAAAACGCUCUGGUUCUGGGGAGCCUGUGCUGUGACGGGGCUGGCUGGCCCCGAUUCGCAGGGAUGCUCACCAUGCAGGAAGAGUAAGGGUCCGGUCAGCUGUUCCAAGCAUCGGAGGUUCCAGUUGUAAACAGUGGAACUCCCCGCAGCAGGAGGCUGUGAGGGCCAUCAGCUUGGACGGCUUUAAAAGAGGAUUGGAGAAAUUCAUGAAGGAGGAGAGGGUUUUCAUUUUCUUUUUUUUAAUACAUUUUUAUUGGGGUUUCUUUUAACAUAUCAUAUCCAACAAUCAUAUAACAUAACCUCUUAUCUUAUACAAUAUUUUAGACUUCCGUGAACACCUCUGAUGAUUCUUCAUUCUUUAUCACUUAUUCUGCAUUUCUUAAUUUCUCUAUUACUCUUAAUUAUCAUUAACUAAUAAUUCUCCUCCUAGUCUUUAUUGCAAUAUUUCAAAUAGUCCUCCUUACAAAACUUCUUGCAAUCCUACUAGCGUAAUCUGUUCAUUACAAUUACUUUUCAAAUAGUUCAUAUAUUUACUCCAGUCUUCUAAGAAUCUCUGGUCCCGCAGGUUUCAAACCCUUCCUGUUAAUUUAUCUAAUUCUGCAUAGUCCAUCAAUUUCAUCUGCCAUUCUUCUUUUGUUGGUAAUUCUUCUUGCUUCCAUUUUUCUGCCAGUGGAGGAGAGGGUUUUCAAUGGCAACUAGUAGUGAUGGCUCAGAGGCAGCCGUGCUUCUGAAUACCAGUUGCUGGAAACCACUGGUAAGGGAAAGAGAGCUCUUGCACUCGGAUCCAGGAGGGGCAUCUGGCUGGCCACUGAGAGACCAGGCUGCUGGACUAGAGGGGCCACUUGCUGGUUUCCCUAUCAGAACAAUGGCCCACCUUAUGCCCCCAAGGAAAACCCACCCCCAGGAUCUGAGCACAAGAACAACUCUCCUGUUGUUCCCCAUAACAUCAUGCUCAUGCAGAGGUACACUGUCCCCGCGCAUGGAGGUUCUGCUAUCACAGCAGACCGUUGUCAUAAGAAGAGCCUGGUGGCUGGACCAGGCAAAGUCCAGCCUCCUGUCCUCACAGUGGCCACCCAGAUGCCCCCAAGGGGUGUAUAGCUCAGUGGGGGGAGCAUGAAGGUCUUACUUUCAGGGGUUUGAGCCCCACAUGGGACAGAAGAUUCCUGCAUUGCAGGGGAGAGGACCAGGUGAUCCUUGUGGUCCCUUGCAAGGGUAUAAUUCUGCGCAAAGGACAAGAGCCCCCUCGGAAGCAUCUCUGGCGGCAGAGCCGAGCCACCGCCAGGCCUCUCCCCCUCCGUGAAUCUGCUGCUUCCCUCCAGCUCCACCUGCCGAACAAUGGGCCCCUCGGCGCUCCUCCUUUGUGCUGCCUCUUCAUCUCACCCUCUCCCACCAGAACCCUUUUCACCAGAACCCGCUCACGGCUGCCGGCAUUGUGGGCGCUUUUAUAUAUAGCCCCAACGCACCGCGUCCUCGUCGUCAAGCGUCCUCCAAGUGCCUCGUUGAAGUUUUCCGCGCCGCUCAUCACCAUGGCAUCCAAACACCCGGCAGGGCUGAACAAGGGCCCGGAUCCCAUUUCGGAGGCACUCGGCCCCUCGCUCCACCCACCCCCUCUCCCUCAGUCCCAGCCUCUCAUUGUCACCCAAGCAGCUUCUUCUGGGGGUUCCUGCCUAUGCCUGGGUACUUUGCAGGCUCUUCAGAGACAGCGCACACACCCCCGGCCCCAAUCUAUGCUCCCCUUUCAGCUUCUGUCAGCUCUGCCUCCCUUCUUCCCUCCUUCCCUCACUCUUUCUCAUCUCAGGAAGGAUUUCCUCCUUCUGCCAGGCAGCCGAGCCCCGUGCCAAACAGCUCUUGCUGUUAAGCCAAUUUCCCUAAUGGCUCAGGUAGAAUCUACUACCUCUCUUGUGUAGUAGUUUAAAUUCAGGGCGGGCAACUCCCCGUCUUCCUUCCCUGAGCUGCCUUUAAAUAUUUGGAAACUGAGCUGCCUUUAAAUAUUUGGAAAACACGCGGGUGGGGUGUAGUUUGAGAUUCCUGAGAUUUCCUUUCCUCGAGAUGUGUGCCUGCUCACUCAGCUGGCCAUAGAGAAACAGGCCACAGGCCUGCCGUGAGAUGCCGGGGGAGGGGGGCUGCCAGGGGCAGCGGCUUUGGGUGGUCCCUGCAGUGGUGACCUGGUUCACAACACCCACGUUUCUCUGGGCCAGGAAGGGAUCCAUUGGCAGGAAGGGAAAUCCCUCCACCCCCAGGAAACGCCCCACUUUAGGGCUGUCCCUACCAUCAGACAGCGUCAAGCAGUUACCUCGGGUGUCAGAUGCCAGGAGGCCCCAGCCUAGGUAGCUUUAAAAGAGGAUGGGACAAAUUCAUGGAGGAGAAGAGGGCUAGCAAUGGCUCCUAGCCAGGAUGGCUCUGCCCUGCCUCCGCUGAUGGAGGCAGCAAUGCUUCUGAAUGCAGUGGUAAAGGGAAAGGAACCCCUGACCAUCAGGUCCAGUCGUGGGCGACUCUGGGGUUGCGGCGCUCAUCUCGCUUUAUUGGCCGAGGGAGCCAGCGUACAGCUUCCGGGUCAUGUGGCCAGCAUGACUGAGCCGCUUCUGGUGAACCAGAGCAGCGCAGGGAAAUGUCGUUUACCUUCCCGCCGGAGUGGUACCUAUUUAUCUACUUGCACUUUGAUGUGCUUUCGAACUGCUAGGUUGGCAGGAGCAGGGACCGAGCAACGGGAGCUCACCGCAUCGCAGGGAUUCGAACCGCCGACCUUCUGAUCAGCAAACGCCACCCACGUCCACAAUACAGUGGUACCUCGGGUUAAGCACUUAAUUUGUUCUGGAGGUCCAUUCUUAACCUGAAACUGUUCUUAACCUGAGGUACAACUUUAGCUAAUGGGGCCUCCUGCUGCUGUCGUGUGAUUUCUGUUCUCAUCCUAAAGCAAAGUUCUUAACCCGAGAUACUAUUUCUGGGUUAGCGGAGUCUGUAACCUGAAGCAUCUGUAACCUGAGGUACCACUGUACCAGCUUCUGGAAGCCAAAAGAAAGGAGAGCUCAGACCAUGCAUGCAGAUUUCAAGAGAGGCAUCUGGCUGGCCACUGGAAGAACUGGGUGGGCCACUGGCCUCAUCCGGCAGACUUGCCUUACGUUCUAUGGGGAGGCCUCACGGAAUGAGCGGUGGAGGAAGUCGCUUGGGUGCCCCGGGGCGGGGCAAGCUGUCCAUAGGGGCGGGGCACACCACGCUGCCUGCCUCCCUCCCUCCCACUCAGCCACCCUGCAGCUGGGGGGGGGGGAGGCAGCGGGCGGACCAUUUGGGCAGCGCGGAGCCUGCAUGCACCCAAGCCACCAUCUCUCCCAGGAGAGACGCAUAACUCGGGUGCGCUGCAGGCAUCAAUGGGGAGUGCCGCCCGGCAUUUUGCCACCACCCUCAGUGGUGACACCCGGGGCGGCCCACACCCACCGCUCCCCCCCUUCCCCUGCCCUUGGCUUCAUAACAAGAAUGCGACAGGAAGGGACCACAGGGGGCCUGUCUAGUCCAGCCUCUUGCUCUCACAGUGACCGAAAAGUUGCCCGUGGCAAACCCACAAGCAGGAUCCGAGCACAAUAGCACACCCUCCAAUAUUUCUCUGAUGAAAAUAGGCACGUCCCAUUCCAUAAUGAUAUUUUUACCAUUUAUACCCCACACAUCUUACUGCGUUUCCCCAGCCACUCUGGGCAGCUUCCAACACAUAUAAAAACAUAAUAAAACAUUAAACAUUAAAAAAACUUCCCUAUACAGGAUUGCCUUCAGACAGCUUGGGGGUCAGGUAACUCCACACCCUCCAACAUUUCUCCAGUGAAAACAGGAACAUCCUAAGGAAAAGCGGGGCAUUGUGGGAUCAAAUCAGAAAUUGGGACAGCUUCUCUAAAUCAGGGAUGUCCCUGGAAAAUGGGGACACUGGGAGGAUCUGCAAUAGCCCUCUUUUAAAGCCUUCUACGUUGGUGGCCAUCCCUGCCUCCUGUGGGAGGGAGUUCCACAGUCCAACUGUGCAUUGCGUCCUUCUGUGGGAGAGCGGCGCUGGGUCUGCUGCACCCCCAGGACUGUGUCUGCUCUGCCCCACGGCCAGAAUUGGCCCACAGGCGAUACACUCCCCAUGCUGCCUGGGCGGUUGGAAGCGAGCCUCCAGGCUACAAAGGGGCUCGCCCCCCCCCCCACGCACACUAAGGAGUGGGGCGUUCAUCACUCCCCUUUCCAGGGGGACAGAGAUGGCUGCUCCAGCCCCGCUCCCCCCGCUCCCCAGGGCGGCUGGUAAUGGAGCGUCCCUCGGGCGCUUGACUCCAUUAAGUGUGAAUCAGACAGCCUGGACAGGGCAAAUUGAUCUGCUGCGCAGCCGCCCCUCCAGAUUGAGAGCGGCUCUUAUCCGUGCUGCCGGGGCCUCCGUGAUUGGAUUAGGGGCUCCUAAUGGGCCAGGGCCCUGGUGCUGUCGCUGGGCUGGCAGUGGAGCUGUCAGGACAGGCGGAGGGUGCAGACUCCUGCCUGUAAUCGAAUCAGUGGCUGGCAGGGCCUCUCGCCUGGCUGGGCACUGGGCCGUGCAGGUGGCUGGACAACAGGCAGGCAGGCAGAGAGAAGGCCAUGCCAAGCAGGGCUAAACCAGCAGGGCUUGGUGUGGCCACGGGGAAGCUGCCCUCUGCUCCUGGGCUCCAGCUCUCAGAGACUCCAGGCCUGGCAAGUCAGCUAGCCUGGCUGACCUGCCAGUCCCUCCUCAAGGUCAUUGAGUUCUGCAAGGAAGGGGCUUUUGGUCCUGGGCUACAUUAGAGGCUGCUGGAUCAGGCUAAUGGGGGGGCCUUCUAGACCAGCAUCCUGUUCUCACAGGGACCAACCAGAUGCCCAUUGUGCAAAAGAGCAACUCUCCCCUCCUGGGGUUUCCAGGCAGAGCAAUAGGCGUCCUGGCUGGUAGACAUCCGUCGCCCUCUCCCAUUCUGUUUCCAAAGGGCCAGCAGGGAAGGCAGGCAAAAGCCCUUCUUUGCUCUGAGAUUGUGGAGAGCUGCUGCCAGUCAGAGAAGGGAGCGCUCAUAGAAUUGUAGGGUUGGGAGGGUCCCCCAACAGCCAUCUGGUCCAGCCCCCUGCAAUGCUCAUCUAGGCAGACUCUGCGCAGGCCACCCUGAGGUCCGUGAUGAGUAGCUCCGUUGGUGCGAGCGUGGUGCUGUUAACGCCAAGGUUGCAGGUUCGAUCCUCGUAAGGGACAGCUGCAUAUUCCUGCAUUGCAGGGGGUUGGACUAGAUGACCCUCAGGGUCCCUUCCAGCUCUACAGGUCUACGAUUCCAUGGCAUUUGUGUGCCCGCUGCUUCGAACGCAUCCCCAACAGGUGUCUGUUCAUCCGAAGGAGCAGCAGGCCGCCUCGCCCUCCCCCAGAGCCCAGCUUCUUUCUUUCUCUCUCAUUUAGGAAAGAUCUCCUCAUGUUUAAUUGAAGCCUCCCUCCCUGUGGCUCCAGGAUUUCGUGUCCAGGCCGCACGACACAGGCCAACGCGCCUCAGCUGCUUCUGAGAUCCUUCCCCAUCUCUCCAGGCGUCAGCGAACAUCUCCGUCGCUCCUCGCCUGACAAACGCGGUUCCUUGAAGCCUCUCCGCAGACGAUUUGUCUCACUCAGCUUCACAGGCACCCGUCUCUUUCCCCCGCUUGCUGCCAGGAGCCGGGAGGAAGCCCCGACUUCCACAGGCAGGCUUGGCCCCCCCCACUCUUUAAAAUAUAUAUUUUACAAAUCACCGUCAUUAUUCCACCUGUUCCAAGGAGCUUAGGAGUACGCGGUUCUCUCGCCCUUCCUGCUUUAUCCCCACAACAGCCCUGCAAAGCAGUUCAGGUCGAGAGAAGGUGACUGUGACUGGCCCAAGGUCAUAGAAGGGUAGGAUUAGAAGGGACCCCUGCGGGUCAUCUAGUCUAACCCCCUGCAAUGCAGGAAUUGUAACCGACAGCCUUGGCCUUUUCUGCUGCAGCCUCACCUGUCUGGCUCAUUAUUAUUUAUUACAUUUAUAUACCGCGCUUCAUCUGAGGACCACAGGGCAGUUUACUGUAUCCUGCAAACGCUGUCCAACUGGGUGCUUGCCAGAAAUCCUUGGUCCUCCCCAGAGGAGCUAAGGGCCUGGCACACUGCAGCCUCCAUUUCUGAGCCCGCUUCCGUAAUAUUUUAGAGAGGAGGGCUUGUCCGCAGAUCCAUCCGGCCUCUUUUUCCGACUUGCACUCUGGCACGUGCUGGCUCUCCUUUCCCCACCCCCACCCCGGCCGCCCCCUCCUCCUCCCUGUUCUCUCCCAGUGCUGAACUGCCUUUUCAGGCGGGCCUGCCAUCUCUGUGGCAGCCGCUUGCUUUGAUCUCAUGGUCUUCCCAUCCAGCAUAUUAAAAGUUGCAAUUAGCAGCAUGUUCACGGAUGAGCUUGCUCUGGCGGGAGGGAGAGGCUCCCCAGGAAAGCUGAAAGGUUAUUCCAAUAAGCGGCUACCCUUGCCGAGAGGAAGAACUUGCCAGGGGAGAUGGGAUGUAGGGGGAUGUCUCCCAUGUCCAAGGGGUGGGCCGGCUGGCCAGAAGGGUGCCAGCCCCAGGAGGAGGAGGAGGAGGAAGCUGUAAUCCUUUUCUCUUGGGCAUGGUGGGACCCUCUUGCAAGCAGACACACCAAGUAUUGCAUAGCAUCUUCUUGGUCACUGUGAGACAGGAUGCUGGGCAAGAUGGACCACUGGCCUGAUCCAGCAGGCUCUUACCUUGUGACUCAGUGGGCCAAGUGGAGGAUAAGGUUGAGCAGAGACCCACAGGGGGCCCCAUCCUUCACCCCACCCCUCCAGGAAAUGAUGUAGCUCAGGGGCAAAGAGACCUGCUUGGCCUUCAGAAGGUCCCAGGUUCCAUCCCUGCUCGCUUCUCCAGGCAGGGCUGGGAAUGCAGACUCUCCAAAUGUCUCUAUUUUCCAGGGACAUCCCUGAUUUAGAGAAGCCGUCCCAGUUUCUGAUUUGAUCCCAGAAUGUCCCGCUUUUCCCUAGGAUGUCUCUAUUUUCAUUGGAGAAAUGUUGGAGGGUAUGGAGUUAUCCGCCCCCUCAGCCGUCUGAAGGCUAUCCUGUAUAGGGAAGUUUUUUUAAUGCUUAAUGUUUUAUUAUGUUUUUAUAUAUGUUGGAAGCUGCCCAGAGUGGCUGGGGAAACGCAGUAAGAUGUGUGGGGUAUAAAUAGUAAAAUUAUCAUUAUGGAAUGGGACGUCCCUAUUUUCACUGGAGAAAUGUUGGAGGGUAUGGGAAUGUUGCCCAUCUGACACCUUGAACAUCUGUUGCUGCCAGACAGUGCUGACAAUACUAAGCUAGAUGGACCAACCGUCUGGUUUGGUAUAGGACAGUUUUCUCUGCUCCUAGGAAACAGAAUUCCUGGGUCCGACACAAACUUUCUGGCUUCCGAAAUUUCACCAUGCACUACCUCCCUGCAUCCCAGUCAUAUGGACUAGCUGCUUUACAAACUCUGGCUGAACAGCAAAGCCCAUGUGAUAAGCUUGCAGAAAUGCCAGCGAGUGGCAGAGAGGGCCUUCUUGGGGGUGGCUGCUCCCAGCUUUUGGCACUCCCUCUCUAGAUAGACCCGACUGGCUUCCUCCUUGCUGUCCUUCCUCCGGCAGAUGAAAAGUGCUGAUUCCAGAAAGGGAUUUGGGGAACUGGCUGUUUGUUUGUUUGUUUGUUUGUUUGUUUGUUUGUUUUUAAAAGGAAAGGUCUCUGAAUAGUGUGCUCUUCUGCCUUUUGCAUUUUAUCUGCAGUUUCAUAGACCUGUUUUUACACCAAAUUGAUGCUUUUAUAGUUUCAAUGGAACGUACAGAAGUUUUUAGUUUUCUGUGCAUUACCUGUUUUUAAUUUUUGUGAGCUGCCUUGCAUCCCCAGUUCUGGAGGAAAGGUGGGGUAUAGAUUAUGGAAUUGUAGAAUUGUAGUGUAAGAAGGGACCUGAAAGGGCCAUUUAGUCCAACCCCCUGCAGUGCAGCAAUUAUAAUAAACGAUAAUGAAAGGAGGGUGGGCUUGGGACGGGGACGUCCUGCAGCAGCAACAGCAGCAGCAGCAAGUGCUGCCCACUGGGCUUGCUGGCCAGCCUCCGCCUCCUGGCUGCCGUGGCUCUGGAGCGCCAGGCCAGCGAGCCCUCCUGGGUUCACGCCAGGCUUGUCACAAAGCGCCGGCUCUUCUGACGGUGUCUGGGCCUGAUAAAAGGCCCUUGAAAGGGGCCGCACAAAGCCCAGCCACGCUUCAGAAGGGGAGACGUGGCCACAGAUGCUGCCGGCAGGAUAAAUGCUAUCAGGAGCCAUCAGAUGGCGAGUCGGCCCCCCUCCCCGCCCCCCACUUCCAAGGUUCAGCGCUGGCUGGCCCCUCCUCUCUCCCUGACAAGGCCUUUCAAAGGCUCCCGCAGCCACAGCACCUCUGGAGAUGGAGGGGCACAUGUCUCCUCCCUCCGCUUUUAAUUAGCUGCGCCUGCCCUUUCUCUCUCUGCCAGGGCCAAACUCCCCUCCCUCCCUGCCCAGCUCGCUUUCCAUCACUUCUUAAUUUCCUGGAAACUUUUGCUAGAUGGACUUGAAGCAGCAGCUGGGCAGCUGCCCAAGGAGAGCCAAGAGCCACAGGUUGGACCAGCCCCACAAGCAGAGGCUGGUCACUAUGUGGGGGGGGCUGCUGUGUCCCCACCCCAAAUAACAGGUUUAGGGCUGCCCGGUUUGCUUAGUUUUUACCACCCUGCACAGAGGGGCUGUUUGAUAUCCUGGGUCCCUUAAGCAGCACAGAGGUAAACUGUGGAACUCCCUCCCACUGGAGGCCACCCACCUGGAUGGCUUUAAAAGAGGAUUGGACAAAUUCAUGGAGAAGGAGGAGGAGGGGGCUACCAAGGGCUACUAGCCAGGAUGAGCUAUUGCUCUGCCUCCACAGUCAGAGGCAGGAAAUUAUUCUGAAUCCCAGUUCCUGGAAACCCGGGGAGGGAAGGGGAGAGGGCUGGACUAGAUGGGUCUCUGGCCUGAUCCAGCAGCCUGUGCUUAAGUUCUCAGGGUAUAGAGAGGGUUGCAGCAUUGGCAAAAGAUUCCUGGUUCAUCCCCACCACUCCUACCCAUGCUUUCUUCAAGUAGGGCUAAGGAAAAUAUCCUAUCUGAAAAGCUCCGGAGAGGCGCUGCCAGCCAGGGUUGACUGUACUGAGCUACAUGGGCCAAUGGCCAGACUCCGUAUGGCAGUUUCCAAGGUUCCCAUUUAGAAUCAUAGAAUUUUAAAGUUGGAAGGUACUCCCAAGGGUCAUCCAGUCCAACCCCCUGCAAUGCAGCAAUCUCAACAAAAGCAUCCAUGACAGAGGGCCAUCCAACCUCUGCUCAAAAACCUCCAGGGAAGGAGAGUCCACUAUGUCUUGUGGGAAGCUGUUCCACUAUCAAACAGCUCUUACUGUUGAGUCAGAAUCUCUUUUCUUCGAGCUUGAAGCUAAGGAUUUGAGUCCUACAUUCCAUAGCAGGAGAAAACAGGCUUGCUUCAUCUUCACUGUGACAGCCCUUGAGAUAUUUGGCUAUCCUAUCUCCUUUCAGUCUCCUCUUUUCCAGGCUAAACAUCCCCAGCUCCUUCAACCGUUCAUCAUCAGGCUUGGCUUCUAGACCCUUGACCAUUUAAGCCAGCCCUUUGUGCAGAAGCAGGAGGACUGGAAUCUUAACUUUAUUUUUAAGGGAAGAGCCGUGGCUCAGUGGCACAGAGCACCUGCUUGGCAUGCAGAAGGUGCCAGGUCCAAUCCCUGACAGCAUCUCUGGCUAGAGCUGGGGGAGAUUUCCCUGUCUGAAAUCCCAGAGAGUCAUUGCUGCCCGUCAGUGUAGACAACAGGGGUGGGUGAGACCCCGCUGCCUGAAACCCUAGGUGGGCCAGCGCUCUAAGGCAGGCUCCUAUGUUCCUGUUCAAUUUAGCUUUUAGUCAAAUGCAUGAGGACUAGCACCUUGCUUUGUGUUUAGGGAGAGGUUUUAGCUCACUGGCAGAGCCUUUGCUUUGCAUGCAGGGGCUCCCUGUUUCAGUCCCUAAUAACAUCUCCAGGUAACGUUGGGGGAAAGACCGAAACCUUGCAGAGGCGUUGCUGCCAGUCAGUGUGGACAAGACAGAGUUAGUGGUCUGACUCUGUAUAAAGCAGCUUCUUAUGCUCUGCACCAGCGGCGGCUGCUGCUGCUUCUGCUGUUGUUGUUGUUCCUAGAGAAGCCUCUUGAGGAGAGAAGGAAGGAGGAGGGAAGGAAAUUUCUGCCCACAAAUUGCUGCACUCCUAGGUGCCCAGAAGGCAACAGAGAUCCUUUGAGACAGGAGAUCCCCUGAGGCCAAGAGGCAGGUCUGAGCAUCUUGCUCCUCCAAAGGGAGAGGUGCCUCCUGCCCCCCCCCCCACUUGCAAGACCCGUCUGGAAAAAAGCAGGAAGGGGAAGAGGCUCAGCCUAUUUGAGUCCAGGCAAGGAGUCCUGGGCUGGAGUGUCCCCAGUGGCUCUGCUUUGAGGCUUCCAGCAUGCAGGGAGAUCCACCAGCUCUUCAGCAGGGAGUCAUUCCCGUUAUCCGACUGUUCCUGCAGUUCCGCCUGCAUCAGAAUGGCCACUGGCUGCAGCAGGAUCAGGCCAAAUAGGACACAUACACCCCAGCCCAGCCUCCGGUUAUCACAGUGGCCAAAUGCCCCAAAGAAUCUGGACCAGAGGUUUUUCUGGCUUGGAGCUGAUGGGAGUUGUAGUCUGAAACACGGCUGUGCUCCCAAGGGCUGAUGGGAGUUGUAGUCUGAAACACAGCUGUGCUCCCAAGGGCUGAUGGGAGUUGUAGUCUAAAAAUAUGGCUGCUGGCUGGAGUAGAAGGGAUUUGUAGUCCAAAAGAUCAGAAAGGCACCAGUUUGGCAAAGGCUACCACAUGCCACGUACCAUCAGCCACCAAAUCGUCUUGCAUCAGGAAUCAGUCCCAAGUUUCUCGGGGUGCGACUAAAGUGAGUUGCAUUUCUGGCACUGGGUGGGAGUACAAGAUCUGAGGCCUGUUUGUUCAUUUAUUGUUAUUUUUAUUUAUCUCGAAAGAUUUACCUCCCACAUCUCUAUUCAGAAAGCCUCCAAGGCAGUGUGCACAUUUAAUAAGAAUGUAAAAUGAUUUUUUUUCUUUACAAAAAUGUAAUCCAUAAUACAGUUUCUUUAAAAAUGACAUACAUAGCAAGUAAACAGAAUAGGAAAUGGAGCCCCCCCCCCCCGUUCUUGCCUGCUCAGAAGUCAUCCCUGCUGGGUGCUUGGGGAGGCUUUGUUACUCCUGGGUAGAUGCACCAGAAGUCAAGCAGUCAAAUGCCGGGUUAUUUUCAAAGCCUUAAGAUUUUUUAAAAAUAAAAAGCCAUUGCUCAGAGCCCAAGAGCCAUUCAGUUUCACUCCAGGGGCUCUUCCUGGUGGAGAGUAUUCCCCAAACGGGGCUACACCCAAAAAGGCCCUGCCCUGCUCACCGCCAGCCGAGUAUUUCUGCAGAGCAGAGAGAUGACAGAGGAGACAAAGCCUCGAUUGAGGGAGUUGGGGAUGUUUAGCCUGGAGAAGAGGAGAUUAAAGGUGACCACAUCAAGUCUCCUCUCAGUAUAGUGGUACCUUGGUUUUCGAACAGAAUGCAUUCUGGGAGGCUGUUUGAAAACCAAAGCGCGACUUCCUAUUGGCCGCAGGAGCAUCCUGCAGCCAAUUGGAAGCCGCGCUGGACGUUUGGCUUCCGAAAAAGUUCAAAAACCGGAACACUCCCUUCCGGGUUUCGAUCGCUUUGGAGCCGAUUUGUUCAGGUGCCAAGGUGUUCGGCUUCCAAGGUACGACUGUACCUCAAGGUCUCUCACGUGGAAGAGGGAGCAUGCUUGUUUUCCGCUGCUCCAGAGGGGAGGACCUGAACCAAAGGAUUUAAUCUUCAAGAAACUAAACAUUAGGAAGAACUUUCUGAUGGUUUGACAGCAGAACGGACUCCCUCGGGAUGUGCUGGUCUCCUUUUCCUUAGAGGUUUUUAAGCAGAGGUUGGGUGGCCACCUGUCAGGGGUAUUUUAGCCAUGAUUCCUGCAUUGCAGGGGGCUGGGCUGGAUUUCCCCUUCCCUUCCCUAAAAGAAACCAAGAUUCCAGUCCUCUUGGUUCUGAAUGGAGGCCAAUUUGCAGCGGGUCUUGCCCUGACAGCCGGCCCAUCUGGCUCAGUACCGUCCACACUAAAGGAGAAGGGCCUCUGCAGGGUUUCGGAAGGGAGCCUUUCUCUCAGCGUCCCUGGGGGCAUUCUGCAUGCCAAGCAUGUGCUCCACCCACUGAGCUGCAGACCCUUUCAAAACAGCAGAGAUGGGGAGAGGAGGCAAGAGGUGGGGCUGGGCAGGGCUUUUUUCUGUCAGAUGUAGCAGGAGAGCAGAGCCCUCGGAGGCAGAUGCUCUCCACCCGGGGGCCAAGGCAGACCGCUGCCCCCUGCUAUGAAGGCCCACAUCCUCUCGGCUGCAGCCUCUGUCGGGGUGGGAGCAGGAGCGAGCGGAUGAACCUGCCGGAAGAGCCAUUACUCUCCUUCCGUGCACAUUCCCCAAUGGCCGCUUUGGAUCGGUGCUAAUUUGUUUUUGAGGAGCAGGCAUCUGCUGGCUCUCAUAAGAGCGCCUGGCCUUGUGGGGGCUGGGUUCCCAGGCAGCUUGAGGGGGCAAAGGAGGCUACUGGCUGACCCUGCCCCACCUGCCCCCAGCCAGCCGUCAGGAAAGAUGUGAUGGGGGAGCCUCUGCUCCCAACCCCCCCCCAGCCCCGCAUAGAUGCCUGUAAGAUGCUUCCUCUUGCUGGCAGCGCUGGGGGCGGCUGGCUCCUUGCAUUAGCUCCCUUUCAAUGUCAGAGGCGGUUAAGGCCCUGGGUGUUUCUGCCUGCCCAUGCCAGUGGCAGCCUGUUGCUGGCCCUUCCGAGAGAGGGACAGCAGCUCAGCAGGGAAGGACGCCUGCUUUGCAUGCAGAAGGUCCCAGAUUCAACCCCCAAUGGCAUCUCCAGCAAGGGCUGGAGGAGACAAUGUUGUGCCUGGAAAUCUGGAGGGCUGCUGCCAGUCAGUGUGGACAGUACUAGGUGGGCCAAGGUUUUGGCAAGGUAGAACUUCUCGGUGUGUGCAUUUUUAUCAAAGGCUGCAGGCAACCCUACUGUCUGCGCACAAGCCAUAGGUCUAAAGCACAUGGUUUCUCCAAAGAACCCCGAGAACCAGAGUUUGUUAUGGGGGCUGCUGCUCUGAGAGGGGUAAAUGAUAGGGGCAUGGACAUCCUGUGAAGCUGACAUCCCUGUUCAGGGAAGUUUUUAAUGUGUGACAUUUUAAUGUAUUUUUAAUCUUUGUUGGAAGCCUCCCAGAGUGGCUGGAGAAACCCAGCCAGAUGGGGGGGGUACAAAUAAUAAAUUUAUUAGUAGUAGUAGUAGUAGUAGUACUGGAAGAUUCAGGAGAGAUAAAAGGAAGGACGUAUUAAUGCAGCACAGUGUUAAACUAUGGAACUCCCUCCCACAGGAGGCAGGGAUGGCCACUAAAGUGGAUGGCUUUGAAAGAGGCUUAGAUGAAUUUAUGGAGGGGGGGGGCUAUUGAUAACUCUGCUCUGCCUCCACAGUUGGAUCUGAAUCCCAGUUGCUGGAAACCACAUGAGGGCAGAGAUGCUCUUGUGCUCAGAUCUUGCUUGGAGGUUUCCCACUGGGGCAUCUGGUUUCAUAGAGUUGGAAGGGACCUUGAGGGUCAUCCAGUCCAACCCCCUGCAGUGCAGGAAAAUGCAGCUGUCCCUUAUGGGGAUUAAACCCGCACCUUUGGCGUUGUCAGCAUCCCGCUCUAACCAACUGCUCUAUCCGCCGCUGUGAGACUAGGAUGCUGGACCAGAUGGGCCCCUGGCCUCAUCCCGCAGGCUCGCCUUAUAUUCUUAUGAAGCUGCAUGCUUGCCUUAAAUGCCCCACAGUCCUUCCACGUGCAGAGCAGGACUGGGCUACCUGUCGCCGACCUUUCCGACAGUCGCAAAGGUCCCAGGCCGGCCGGCAGGAGGCCAGGGUGGGCCAGGAGCUGCGGGAAUGGAGUCGAGGCUCCUCCUCUGACUCGCCCGGUGUCCCCUUCCUGGCGCCCCGAUGUCCCCGAGCGGAGCAAGGAGGGAGAUGGUCUCCUGCGGAAGCGCCUUUCCUUGGUAACUUCAUCCUUGAGAUUGAAAGCAUGCGGUUGGCGGGGGGGGGGGGGGCUGGUGGCGAGGAAAGAAAGCCCUGGGAAGAAAUCGCCCCAGCCAACUGACCCGCCCUCCCAUUCCCCCCCCCCAGGAAGGCCAAGCCCGGAGUGGAGGCUAAUCCGUCCACCGGCGUUCAUUUGUCUGGGUCCAAGGAAGGGCCCCGAGGGGAAGUCCUGGGCCAGGCGAGAGGAAGCUUGAGUUUCAGCCUGCGCUAUUGAUUUUCCCCAUUAUUACAGUAUGGGAUUUAUGGCUGGCUUUAAAACUGCAAUAAGUGGCAAGCUGAAGCGGGCGGGGGCGGGAGGAGCCUCAGGACGACCUUGGGAAGACGGCGCCCUCUCCCUGUCCUUCUCCCCGCACCAGCUCUCCUUGCUUCCUCCCAGCGGGGUGGAACGCAGGAUGAGGCCCCCGCCCGCUCCAGAUCCGUCGCCACUGGCAAGGGGGAGCUUUGGCAUUCGGCAAGAGAGAGGGUCCCGUUCUUCACGCGCCCAGAGUCCUGAGGCAGCCCGGAGCGCGUCUGUGGGGCGUCUGUGGCUGCCAACGAGAAUGGCCCCGUUCUCCAUCGGUGGAGGCAGUAAGGUCCUGCUUGCCGGUUUUUCGUUUUGGGCAUCUGGCUGGCCACUGGAAGAGCAGGAUCCUGAGCUAGAUGGGCCACUGGCCUGAUCCUGCAGGCUCUUCUGAGGGUCUUAUGUCUGUCUCCUGGUCUUGCUCAAAGCACUGCCUGCCUGGAGCUGGGCUGCUGUGGCAUGUUGUUGUUUAGUUGUUUAGUCCUGUCCGACUCUUCGUGACCCCAUAGACCAGAGCACGCCAGGCACUCCUGUCUUCCACUGCCUCCUUCGAGAACACUGUCCAACCAUCUCGUCCUCUGUCGUCCCCUUCUCCUUGUGCCCUCCAUCUUUCCCAACAUCAGGGUCUUUUCCAGGGAGUCUUCUCUUCUCAUGAGGUGGCCAAAGUCUUGGAGCCUCAGCUUCAGGAUCUGUCCUUCCAGUGAGCACUCAGGGCUGAUUUCCUUCAGAAUGUCAGAAUGGAGAGGUUUGAUCUUCUUGCAGUCCAUGGGACUCUCAAGACUCUCCUCCAGCCCCAGAAUUCAAAAGCAUCCAUUCUUCGGCGAUCAGCCUUCUUGAUGGUCCAGCUCUCACUUCCAUACAUCACUACUGGGAAAACCAUAGCUUUAACUAUACGGACUUUUGUCGGCAAGGUGAUGUCUCUGCUUUUUAAGAUGCUGACAUAUGUGGCAUAGCGGCUUAUUAUUAUUUAAUUAUUAUUUAUACCCCGCCCAUCUGGCUGAGUUUCCCCAGCUUAUAGACCUCAAGCCAGGAAGGGUCCCACGUUCAAACCUUGCCGCCCAACACCAAAUCACAAAACAGCCACAUGCCCAGCCUCAGCACCCCCUGUCUGUGCUAUUGAAGGUGGGGGGGGGGGCUAAUCCUGGCAGCCUAAGAAUUGCUUUCCACCUUGACUGCCUUCCUCUGAAGCAACACACCCUCCGGAAAGUGCAGCGCCCAUAACUGGGCAGGGAUGUUGCAGGUGUGCGAAUGGCGCUUGGGUGCCUCAAGAUUCGGGAGCAUGUCUCAAUCUCUUCUUAAUAUAAUUAUUUAUUUAAUAAAACGUACACACUGCGUGAUUAUUAAAAAACAAAAACAAAAACAACCUCAAAGCUAAUUACCAAAAAGAUUUUAAAAAACAAAAUUACCAGUAAAAAGAAUUAACCACAAUAAUUUCAGACCUUUGAAAAGUUUACCAUAGACAAAAGAACAGAUCAAAACUCGCAUCAGCUUUCCGGACAGGCUUGUCUAAACAAAAGUUGUUUUUUAAGGAGGCGCCAAAAAGAGUGCAGAAAGGCACCUUAUUAUUCACUUCAUGUUUAUGCCACUUUAUAUUUUUAAGGAAAAAAAUCUCAAAGCGGUUUACAACGCAUUAAAACAUCCAAGUAUACAUUCAAGGCAACAUAAUUAACAGGAAACUAAAAUAUCAUCUUAAAGAUUUCAAAAUAAAAUGUUGCAAAGGAGGUCAACUACAGAAUGCACAUUUAACACAGCUAAGUUAACAAAAAAAAAUUCAAAUGAAAACAUUACCAAAGGAAGUCAAGUAUAAAAUGUGCAUUUAAAGCAGCAUACUUAGCAAGAGAAUGAAAUAUUCUCAAUCAGCAGGAAGUUCCAUAGCGUAGGGGCUGCCACACUAAUUGAUCAAGUUCUUACAAAUGUGGAAGAGGCGUCUUGUGGCUUCUGCCAGUCAAAGUGGCCAAAUGGUCACGUGUGGGACAAAGCGAUCCUGCAAGCAAGCUGGUCCCAAGUUGUUAAGAGCUUUGUAUACUAAUAGGAACUCCUUGGACUUGACCUGGUAGCGAAUCCGCAACCAGUGAGGAUCUCUGAGCACAGGUGCUGAUAAGGCCUCAUCCUGUCUGCUCUCGUGCUGCACAUCCACACCAACGGCAGCCCCCGGAUCAACCUCUGACUUUUGCGCGUCCAGAACGUGGCCUCCGGUACAAAGGUUAAGGGUCACCUCCAUGGCUGCUCCCUCCCUUGUCUCUGGCAUGGUGCCCCUCCGACCCAUUUUCCAUACUGGGGAAGGUGGGGAGGGGGAAAAGGUGGUCCCUGCCCUCACAGGCAAACCCAGAACAGCCUUUCUCCUGGAAAGGGAAUCCCUGGAUUCCAAGGCUAUUCAGACUCAGUUGGGCAAAAGGGGGGUUCCCCCCCCACCCCCAUUAAAUAGUCCUGAUGUUUCCCCCGGGACAAACAAGGCAAGUAGGUUGGUGGCCCCAGAGCCCACCCCUUCUGCCUUUAAGGUCAUAAUUGCCAUUAAAGCCACAGCUUGCCUAACCAAAUUAUGCAAAGACAAAAUUAUCUCCCGUGAUUUUUAUGUUCCAGAAACUGCCGGGGCGAUUACUGGGGGAUUGGAAGCAGCUGUCACUCUAUCAGAAACUAUAAUUCCAAACAGCUGGGAUCUGUCAGUUAUUUAUGACGCCGCUUUGCGAGGCAAGAGGGAAGGAGGGAGGAGGGCGCAUAGGCUCCACAUCUUCAGGCCACACGGAGACCCCGGACUCUGGCAGGCAGAUUCCAGGCAGUGGGGGGGGGGAGGUCCUCCUUCCCCAAUCAGGCAGCAGGAGCAGCUUGGGGCCAAUGCAGAGAUACCCCUACUAGGAUCCCCCAAACAGAAGGCUGGCAGCAUUAGGGAAACAGGUGAGUAAGAAGCACGCAGAAUGCGGACGGAGGAGAGUUUCUCUCCUCUCGUAACACUAGAACAACGGGGCAUCCAAUGAAACUGCAUGUGGGAAGAUUCAGGAGAGACCAAAGGAAGGACUUGUUCACAUGGGGCAGUGUUCAUCUGUGGAACUCACACCUGCAGGAAGUAGUGAUAGCCGCCAACCUAGAUGGCUUUAAAAGAGGUUGGGACAUGACACCAAACUCUACAUACAUUAAACAUAAUAGAAACACCGCCACCCGACCCCACCCCCAUCCAUCUUCCCUCUCUCCACCCCCCUUUUCUUUUUUCUUUUUUUUUCUUCUCCCCCUAAUGCCUCAACAAAUGAAACGGAUUUGUAAAAAUGUUACAUGAAAAAAAAAAUACGAGGCACUACACUUCUGUAAAACAAGAAAAUCCUUAAUAAAAUAUUUUUUUUAAAAAAAAAGAGGUUGGGACAAAUUUGUGGAGGAGGAUAGCACUAUCUGUGGCUGCUACCCAUGAGGGCUCUGCUCUGCCGCCACCACAGGAGGAGAGAAUAAUAAUAAUAAUAAUAAUAAUAAUAAUAAUAAAUAAUAAUAAUAAUAAUAAUAAUAAAUUUAUUAUUUCUACCCCGCCCGUCUGGCUGGGUUUCCCCAGCCACUCUGGGCGGCUUCCAACAAAAGAUUAAAAAUACAUUAAAACAUCGGUCAUUAAAAACUUCCCUAAACAGGGCUGCUUUCAGAUGUCUUCUAAACAUCAGAUACCGUAUUUUUUGCUCUUUAAGACUCACUUUUUCCCUCCUAAAAAGUAAGGGGAAAUGUGUGUGCGUCUUAUGGAGCGAAUGCAGGCUGCGCAGCUAUCCCAGAAGCCAGAACAGCAAGAGGGAUUGCUGCUUUCACUGCGCAGCGAUCCCUCUUGCUGUUCUGGCUUCUGAGAUUCAGAAUUUUUUCCCCCUUGUUUUCCUCCUCCAAAAACUAGGUGCGUCUUGUGGUCUGAUGCGUCUUAUAGAGUGAAAAAUAUGGUAGUUGUUUACUUCUUUGAUAUCUGAGGGGAGGGUGUUCCACAGGGCGGGCGCCACCACCAAGAAGGCCCUCUGCCUGGUUCCCUGUAACCUCGCUUCUCGCAGGGAGGGAACCGCCAGAAGGCCCUCAGAGCUGGACCUCAGCAUCCGGGAUGGAUGAUGGGGGUGGAGACGCUCCUUCUGGUCUUCAGGCCGAGACUCUUUAGGGCCUUAAAGAUCAGCACCAACACUUUGAAAUGUGCUCAGAAACGUACUGGGAGCCAAUGUAGGUCUUUCAAGACUGGUGUUAUGUGGUCUCGGCGGCCGCUCCCAGUCCCCAGUCUAGCUGUCGCAUUCUGGGUUAGUUGUAGUUUCUGGGUCACCUUCAAAGGUAGCCCCACGCAGAGCGCGUUGCAGUAGUCCAAGUGGGAGAUAACCAGUGCAUGCACCACUCCGGCGAGACAGUCUGCGGACAAGGAGGGUCUUGUGCUCACGUCUUGCUUGCAGGUUUCCCAAAAUGUGCACCUGGUUGGCCGCUGUGAGAGCAGCCGGCUGGGCUGGAUGAGCCCCUUUGGCCUGAUCCAGCAGGCUCUUCUUCGGUUCUUCCCAGACCACCCAUCCAUCAGCUGAAAUCUGUACAGAUUUCACCUUGAGAGAACGUAAGAAUUGUCCCGCAUCUCGAUCAGAGCCAAGUGGCCGGUCUGGUCCCGGCUCCUGCUCCCACGGGGGCCCCAAAGGGAAGCCCACAAGCUGGCAGGGCCUGGGCGCAACACUCUCCCCUCCUGCGGAUCCCAGCAACGGGUAUUCAGAGGCCUCCAGCCGACCUCCCCUUUGCCGCCGCCGGAGAGAGAUUCCCUCCUGGGACUAAGGGGAGGUAGAAGGCUUCUUUCGUGAAAACGUGGGCUGCCAGCAGCUCUUAGAACCACUUGUACGAAAAACAGGAUGUGUGUGUGAGUUUGUGGUGAUAUAUUCACAGAGAGACUGACUAAUCAGGGACAUUUAUUUAUUUAUUUAUUCAUUAAUUCAUUCAUUUAUUUUUGAUUGAUUGAUUGAUUGAUUGAUUGCAUCUGCAUCCCACCUUUCCCCCCAAGGAGCUCCAGGCGGUGUGUGUGGCUCUCCCCUUUCCCACAACAACCCUGUGAGGUAGGUUAGGCUGAGAGAGGCAGGGGCUGGCCCAAUCUCACAACCUAGGAGCUCCAUGGCCGAGUGGGGAUUAAUUGACGGGAAGGGUUUUCCCAAAGCCAAUUAAACCUGAUUGAUUAAUUGAGUCGACACCGCAGGCCCACUUACUCUGACUCCUCCCGCUAAGGAAAACGAGGGUGCCGAUGGGGAGAGAGCGAUGCUGAGCUUAUGUCCCACCCAGGCAGGUCUGGGGAAGACCCCAGCCGUAGACCCUGCAGAGAGGUGGGGCAGGGGGGAAGCAUUGCUGCCAGCCAGUGCUGACAACACUGAGCUCAAUGAUGCCUACUAAGGCAGCUUUUGGAGUCUGUCCUGGGGCAGAGAGGCCCACCUGGCUGACUGGAGGCUGCACUAGCCCCCCAGCUGCCCCAUAGGCGCCUUUGCCACUCUCUCUCAACCCCCCUGUUGUGCUGGAGCACUGCCCAGCCCAAAGUGGCCAGGAGAGGCAAACUCUCUGCUGAGCUGUAAACAAGGCAGAGGCGGUUGCUGCUGCUGCUGCUGCCUGGCCUCUGCAGGGACAGCCCCAUGGAGACCAUCCCUAGAGCUGGGCCAGGUGCUUUUGAGGAGGGAGGGAGAAGCUGCAUCUCCAAGGCCUGUGCCCAGCAUCUCGCACGGGGAGAGCAUAAUCAGAAGAGGCUGUUGGAUCAGGCCAAAGGGCCUCUGUCCAGUCCAGCCUCCUGUUCUCACAGUAGCCUCAACAGGAAGUCCACAAGCAGGACUUGAGGACAACAGCAUUCUCCCAUUACCUGCCAUCUGGAGGUAGACUGUUCCUGGGCAUGGAGGUUCUGCUAUCACAGUAGACCUGCUGCAUCAGCCCAGUGGCUUGUCUAGUCCAGCGUCCUGUCCUCACAGUGGCCAACCAGGUGCCCACUGUGGUUUCCAGCAACUCAACUGGUAUUCAGAACCAGUGGCUGCCCCUGUGAGGGGAAGGUAGCACCAGCCCUGUGAUGCGGACCAGGCCCCCCUAUCUGCCACCAAGGUGGGCUUUCCUCCUCCUCCUCAGGUGGCUCAUGAACUGCCCUGGCAUGCUGCGGCUGGUUAAGGAGAAGGAGACCCCAUUCCCUGCGCAUGCAUGCACAGAUAUGCACCCUACAUCUGGGACGGCUGCUUUGGCCCAUCUGCAGUUCUCCCAGAUGUGCCUUCCCAGGGCCCUGAAAAGGAACCUUAUGCUUCUGCAAUUGUUCCUCCCGGCCAGGCUGACACCCAGGAAGGAGGGAGAGUGAGGGAAGGAAGGGGGUCCUUCCCCCCCCACUGAGCACGUCCCUCUAGUAGAGUCUCCUAACGAGGGAGAGUCCUAACGAGGGAGGCGGCGCUCCUGGCUGUCCAGAGUCGGAGAUAAAUUAUUUCAAGCAUCCAUUAAGCAAUGCCUAAUUAGUGCCCAAUUAGAAGAGUCACGUGGGGUGCAAUUCGGACAGGCUUGGGAGGCAGACCUGAGUGAGGAGGGGAAGCCGGGUGGGGGGGGGAGGGAGAGCAGGGUGCUGGGGGGAGGCACUGCUCUCCGGGGGGCAGGAAAAAAGGAGAGAGGAUUUGUGCCUGGGGAGGAGGGGCAGCGGCAACACUGGCUCAAACCCCACAGAACCCAGAGACUGGCAGGGCAGCGUGGCAUUUCUAGAAUCUGCAGCCCUGUGCAUGUGUUCCUGGGAGGGAGGAGAGGCGGAGAAGAAUCCAGCCCCUGCUUGGCAUGCAGAAGGCCCCAGUGCCAAUCCCCCCAGGCGCCUCCCGUUUAAAAGGGUCAGGAGGCAGGUGAAAAGGCUCUCCUCCUCUGCCUAAGAUUCUGGAGAACUGAUGGGGAGACAAAGACAGCUCUCUGCAUCUUAAGGGCCCCAGCCCAGUAGCCGAGAACACGUGCUUCACAUGCAGAAGGUGCCAGGCCCAAACCCCAGCAGCUUCCUGUUUCCCUCCUGAAAGCAGCCCCUUCAUUCAGAACCACAAGUCCCAAACCCUAGUUUUAGGGAAAGAGCCCUAAACCAGUGCCAGAACAGCUGCCUGGCAUGCAGAAUGUGUCCCAGGCCACGAGGGCAGCCUCUACUGGCAGGUGGUAGGCAAGGCCUCUUCCUCUUUACUGGAGCCCCUGCCAGCCAGAGGAGACAACACUGGCCUAGCUGAACAAGCAGUUUGACGUGCUAUGAGGCGGGCAAGGACCACUGCUCAGUUCCAAGAGCAGCUGCUUGGCAUGCAGAAGGUCCCCUGGUUCAAUUGCUGGCAUCUCCAGGUCGGGCUGGGGAAGAUGCUGCCAGUCAGCGCAGGCAUUCCUGAGCCAGAGGGACUGUUGAGACAGUUUUGCUGGUUCAAGACCAAUUUCACCCUGUGUCUCAGUCUCCUCCUCUGCAGUUGCUUGUCUUAGGUGCCAGAGAUUCUGCAGGGACAGAGGCUGCUGCUCAUUGCCAGGAUACCUGGUCCCCCAGAGUCCUCCUCCGAUGGCCAACUCUCAAUUAUCACCAAGCGCAGAGAAACAAGGAAGGAAGGAGGAGUUGGCGUCUCAAAGAUCUCAGCUUGCUUACCUGCUUUAAAAAAAAAAAAACAUUUCAAGGUGGCAAUCUUCUAGCCCUCAUGGUGGCAGGGAAAACAAAAGUACAGGGAAGCCAGGAGAAGGAGAAGGAGGCUUGUUUCUGGCCACAGAAGAAUAAAUUAUGUAAAAUGAUAAGCACAUCAAUGCGCAUCGCGGCGGCCUACUUUGCAUAACUUGCUCUGGAUUUUCGGCUUCUCCUUGGCAGGGAAUGUGGGCUUUUUAAAAGCGCGGCUUCGCUGUCUGUGCAGCCCUGGGCUGCGGGGGGAGGCAGAGGCGGAGGGAACCGUGCAGGGAUCCUGGGUGCAGAAGGAAGACACACACACCCAGCCGGAGGAGAGGAAGAGGCCUGUGUCUUCGGAGGGGGGGGCAGGCGAGGCGGUGUGUGCGCCUGACUUGCCUCCCAAGAUUGCGUUUCAGAUCCACGCAGAGCAGGCCUGAAGGGAUGGGAGGAGGCGCUCUCACACCACCGAGUGCAUCGCUUUCUGUGCCUGCUUGCACCAGAGCCGGGAAUGCCUGAUGAGGAAGGACAAGCUCCCUGCCUGCCUCUGCUCUCUGGGCUCCAGGCGGAACUGGGGUGGUGGAAAAGGAGGGCCUGCCCUCCUCCCUGGGAGGGAAACUGAGGCCUGGGACGGGCACUAGCUCCCUGGAGAACAGGAAGAAGCUGGCAUGCUUUGCAAGGGUGCUGUUGGCCACUGCAAGCACGUAUCUUCCUGAAAGACUGUGCGGUGUAGUGGUUAGUGUCAGAUGAGGGCCUGCCUCUCAGCCUGACCUACCUCUCAGGGUUGUUGCGGGAUUGAAUGAGGAGGGAGAGAACCCCUCUUGUGCUUUCGGUAAGAAGAGGCUGCUGGGUUAGUCCCAUGGCCCAUCGGGUCCAGGCUCCUGUUCUCACAGUGGCCAACCAGAUGUCCAUUAUGAGAAACCCCCAAUCAGGAUUCGAACUCUCCCCUCCUGUGGCCACGGGCAUUCAGAAGGGCCGCUGCCUCUAACUUCUGCAGGCAGCGUGGAGCCAUCAGGGCAAGGAACCAUCAGUCGCCCUGCUCUCCCUCACGAAUGCGUCCAAUAUCCUUUGAAAGGGUUGAUUACAAGCUACAAGAAUUGGUUGAAAUGGUGCAGUUAACAAAUACCCUGAAAGACAAUUCAAAACAAAAAAUUAUGGGAAAGUGGGAUAGAUAUAAAACAUAUGUUCAAAAAUACAGUAAAGGUUUGCUAUCUAUGCUAUCAUUUGAUUGACGUUGGAGUGAAACUGAGUUGAGAAAUAAGACUAAGAGCACAUAUUGAUAUAGGAAUGUAUUAGAUAAUAUGUAAAGAAAUAUACAAUAAUAAGAGUACAUUCCUUUGUAAAAAAGGAAUAUACAACAGGAAAGACAGGAAGUCUAGUGUGUUGGUAUGUAUAUGAUUUGGGGCGGAUUUGUUUUCGUUUUUUCUCUUUGUUCUUUCUUUUUUGUUUCAUUUUCUUUCUAGGUAUAUAAAAUUUGUAUAUAAUUUUUGUAUACAUGUUGGAAAUUACAGUAUAUUAUAGUAAGUCCUGUAAUGUAAUAUGACAACGUUUACCGAUGUAACGUAAUAAUGUUAACAAAUAAAUAAAAUGCAAAUUCAAAAAGAUAAAAAUAAAUAAAGACAUUUGGGUCGGUGGGCAUCACUGCCUGCUGUGGGAUGGAGUUCCACAGUUUAACUCUGUGCUGAGAGUUAUGGAAAAGUCCAGGGCAUCCCCCCCCCACCCCCACCCCUCUCUCUCUCUCUCUCACACACACACACACACACAGACUUUUCAGCCUCUCAGGGACUCCCCUCAGCAGCAGCCCCAGAAAGUUUUCUGGGAGGCUUCACCUGGCUGUCUUAAGUAGAUAUAUAUAUAUAUAUAUAUAUAUAUAUAUAUAUACACGCGCACCACAAAAUUUAAAAAGCCCAAAUGGCAAUUAGGAGUGCACUGGAGCAUCUUGAGCAGUCGGAUGCUAUGGCAACCCUGGUGCCACUUGGCAAAGGGCAGGGCAUUAAUAUUUCAGAGCAUAAAUAAUGAAUGGCGGCAGGAGGGGGGUUGCUCUGGCCUUGAUCCCGUUUCUCCGGCAAUAUUCGGGAAUGCAAUGCCCAAGAGGCCACUUGGAAAGAGGAGCUGUGGCUCGUGGGCACCCGUGGCAGGAGCCGGGGGAGCCUGCCAGGCUGCUGGGGGGCUGGGCAGGCUGGCCACGGGGCAGGGGGUGCCACAGAAGGGGAGGGGGCUGGGCACGAAGCCAGGCUGGCAGGGGUGCUUCUUGCGGGGUGCCAGCCCUGCCACUCAGCCCAAACAUGUAAAUUAACACCAGAACUUCCCUCCAGGAUCAGGCCCGUGGCCCAUCUAGUCCAGCAUCCUGUUCUCACAGAGGCCAAGCAAAUACCCGAAAGCAGGAUUUGAGCCUGAGAGCAAGUCUUGGCCCUGCUGGGGUUUCCAGGAACUGGAACGCAGAAGCACAGUUGCCUCUGACCAUGGAGAAAGACCAUAGCUAUCCUGGCCAGGAGCCCUCCACAAAGACUUCUCCUCCUCCAUGGAUUUGUCUGAUCCUCUUUUAAAGCCAUCUCUAUUGGUGACCAUCCCUGCCUACUGUGGGAGGGAGUUCCACAGUUACACUGUGUGAAGGAGGACUUCCUUCCACAUGUCCUGAGUCUUCAGCUUCACUGCAUGUCCACAACUUCCGGUGGUAUGAAUGAACCCCCCAAAACUGCCAUUUACCCAUCGCAGAUCUACAACUCCCAGCACCCAUAACAAACUGCAGUUCCCAGGAUUGCGGGGGGGGGGGAGCGGGAGCCAUGUGCUUUCAAUUGUAUUGUUUCCAUGCAGACAGAAGAGUUUUGCAGGGCUGCAGGCUUAGUCAAGCAAACACAUACAGAGAAAGGCCUGCCUUGCCAAAACCUUGGCCCACUUAGUAUUGCCCACACUGACUGGCAGCAGCUUUCCAGAUUUUCAGGCACAAGUUUGCCUCUCCCAGCACACACACACCCCCGGAGAUGCUGUUAGGGGGUUGAAUCUGGGACCUUCUGCAUGCCAAGCAGGGGCUCUGGCCCUUUUGUAGCUCAGUGGGGCACAGCCCAUGGCCAGAGCUGACCCUAGAGGUUGUCCUUCUCUGCCUGGAUAUGCGCUGCAAGCAGGUUGGGCCUUGGAAGAUGGUGGACUCUCCUUCCUUGGUGGUUGGAUGGCCCUCUGUCAUGGAUGCUGAGAUUCCUGCAUUGCAGGGGUUGGGCUAGAUGACCCUUAGGUUCCCUCCCGACUGCAGUUCUGUGUCUCUGAUUGCAGAGUCCACCCUGUUGAUGUCUCUCCUCCUCUCUCUCCUCUUGCAGGGAGCUGCCUGGAGCUCUCCCUGCUGCUUCUGCUGGCUCUGGAGCUCCCCUCUUCGGGCGGCUGCCCCACGGACUGCGUCUGCUACCCGUCCCCCAUGACCGUCAGCUGCCAGUCCCACAACUUCCUCGCCAUCCCGGAGGGCAUCCCAGAGGACAGCGAGAGGGUCUUCCUGCAGAACAACCAGAUCUCCCUGCUGCUGCGUGGCCACUUCAGCCCCUCGCUGGUCACCCUCUGGCUCUACUCCAACAACGUCACCUUCGUGGACCCCAACGCCUUCCGCGGCUUCUCCCACCUGGAGGAGCUGGACCUGGGAGACAACCCCAGCCUGCAGGAGCUGUCGGCCAAGACCUUCCAGGGCCUCAGCCGCCUGCACGCCCUGCACCUCUACAAGUGCGGCCUCAGCUCCCUGCCCAGCGGCAUCUUCUCCGGCCUCCACAACCUGCAGUACCUCUACCUGCAGGACAACCGGCUGGGCUACCUGCACGAUGACCUCUUCGUCGACCUCGUCAACCUCAGCCACCUCUUCCUGCACGGCAACCAGCUCUGGAGCCUCCACCAGAACACCUUCCGGGGGCUGGUCAACCUGGACCGGCUGCUCCUCCACCAGAACCAGCUGCAGAGCAUCCACCGGGGAGCCUUCCACGACCUGCGGCGACUCACCUUGCUCUUCCUCUUCAACAACAGCCUCUCCGAACUGCCGGGCGAGGCCCUGGCCCACCUGGAGGCCUUGGAGUACCUGCGCCUCAACAGCAACCCCUGGCACUGCGGCUGCCGGGCCCAGUCGCUCUGGGAGUGGCUGCGCCGCUUCCGGGGCUCCAGCUCCAGCGCCGUCUGCGAGUUCCCGGAGAAGCUGCGCGGCCUGGACUUGAAGGAGCUGACGGCGGACAGCUUCCGGGGCUGCGCGGCCUCCGAGUCGCUGCACCACCAGGUGAACGGGGUGCGCUUCCCGCCGUCGGCCGACAGGGCGCCCCCCGGAGACCACCCGCCGCUCCACUCCUCCACGGAGAAGGGCAAAGGGCGGCCAGGGGAGCAGCGCCCGGGGCAGCAGCAGCGCCCCGGCUACCGGAAGCCCGGCAAGAACUGCACCAAGAGCCGUAAUCGCACCACCAAGCCGGCCGGGCCCUGGAAGGAGAGCGAGGGGGCGGACUACGAGCACAAGUCCCCCGGCCUGGGCCUGCUGCCCAAGCCGAAGGGGAAGUGCCAUCGGACAUCUCUGCAGCCCCCCAGCGGGGUCCAGCAGGCAGCAGCAGGGGGCGGGGUGCGCGGGGUUGGGGCCAGGGCUGCGGGGGCCCUGCAGGCUGCCCUGCUGGCGGGGGUGCUGGCCUUGGCGGUGAUCGUCCGCUGACCACGGAGGAGCCACGCUGAGCCGCCACUGGUCUCCGGAGCCCCAGCGCUGUGACUCCUCCUCCUCCCCCUUUUUUCUGCCUGGGGGUUUGGCAGCAGCAAGGUAGGCCCCUUCCCGGGCCUUCUCCAGUGUCCCCCGCCCAUGGCCGGCAAGGGGGGAUUGUAGGCGCGGACCGUGCAGGGCGGGCGAGCAGGCAGGCAGGCACUUCCUUCGCGCCCGCAGGAUGGAAUUACAAGCAAUAUCCCACACGCUUGCCACCGAUGGCCCCGACAGAGCACCCACGGGAAGGAACUCCCCAUCCCCGCCCCACCCUCCUCUCCUGAACCCAGGGCCCGGGAGCGAAUCCUCAGUUAGCAACUACUGGACAACUGCUUUGCUCCCUGAGAAAUCCUGCUGAAUUGAGAGAAAGAGGGAGGCGCAUAUACCCCACCCUGCCAGGAUUACAAAAAAAGGAGUCACCGCCGCCGCCGCCCCUGUCAGGACCGCACCAACUAAGCCGAUGUGAUCCCUGCAUUGCAAUGGGUCGGACUAGAUGACCCUUGGUAUCCCUUCCAACUCUGCAGCUCUGUGAUUCUGGGACAGAGGGCUAGCCUGGGCCAUGGGGCACCCCACCCCACACUGCCUGCAAGGCCCCCUUUCCACUCCCCUUCUGCUCCAGGCCAAAGCAGGCAGGGAGCUUUUUGGAGGACAGAUAUCCAAGUUGCUGGAUGGCUCAGGAUCCUUCCCCUCCUGGGCAGGGCUGGGCAGCCACCAACAAGACCAAAGGAAAGGCCAGCCAGCAGCCGAGAGGUGGGAACUCUGAACAAACUUUCCAAGCAAAGGUGCAAUUCUCUUCCCCGCCCUUUUCUUUUUUGUAAUGUCUGUGUUCACAUAUAAAAUUUAAAAAAACCCAAUGCACAAGUUUUCCCUCGGCCUUCAAGCUCCCUCAAGAUUCAUGUCCCAUGAUGAUGCUUAUAAACUGAAUUGAGGAGACUGCGCACAGGAGAGAAGGAACCAGGACCGAUCCCACCCCGACCUGUGGAACUGAGGACUAUGGCUGGGUCUGCAGGCAGGAGGGCUUUGGGUGGGCAGCUGGGAGAGACACCUCCCCGGAGUGGACAAGGCUUGGGGGGAGAGGGAUGGGGGGAGAGUUGGGGUGAGGGCAAGGGGGGGCCCACCAGGGACCAAUUUACGUAGAAACGUAGCACACCAGGAAUUGUAGUUUUGUGGAUCUGUAUGCAAUAUGAAAGGGAGAGAGAGAGAGAGAGAGAGAGAGAGAGAGAGAGAGAGAGAUGGGAGCCAGGAACAUCCCCAAUGCUUGCAAGUGAAGUGCUCCAAUUGCCAGGGAGGGAGGGGGUCUAGUUUUGGGUGGGUGUGUCCAGAAUCAGUCAGUAUAGCCCACCCCCCAGGAGGUGGGGAGGGGGAAAGGAGGGGGAGGACUGCAGCAUGUCCUCAACAGUGUUAGCCCCAGGUCCAAGGGUCUUGCUGGCAUCCUUGGGGAGGACCCUCCUGGCAGCUGUUAGGGAAGGGGCCGGGAUCUGGGGCAGGGAGGCAAGGCAGAGAACAAACACCACGUUUGGGACCAUUUGCCCAUGGCUUUUUUUAAAGAGUAAAAUGAAAACAGCCAUUUUUUUAGGGGAUAAGGCAGGGUCAGGGGAUGGCCAAGCAGUGCUUGAGCGACAGAGAGGUCGGAGUGGGGGUGGGGUAGGGGUCCUGCCUCUUAACCCUUUUGGCUGCCACCCUCUCUCUUCCUCCCUCCCUCCCUGGCUCCUGUUCUUAGCAGCCUAGCAGGCAGGGCACCCAGGCCUUGUUGGGAAGGGUGGCCAGGGAGGGGGGUGGGAGCUGAUUUGUGCCCCUUCCCCUUUCCAGCUGUGAUCCCACCGUGCACGGGGCCCACAAGGGUCCCCCUACCCGAGCCCCCGGCCAGGAUCGUGGCCACGUUCUGUUGUUUCAAGUGGGGCCACUACCGGGGAGGCCCUGCCCUGGCUGUGCAGGGAGGGGGGAAUAAAGGAAACCGUCUGAAAACCAGCUGCUGUGGCC